UUCGCACCAGUUAUCUCAGUGAACCUUACAACAGUCCUGUUAGGUAGGUCUAUAAUAUUAUAACCUAUCUGUGGAUGGGGCCCUGGAGUGCUAAGGCUGAUCAAAAGAGACAUACCUUUAAACCACAUUCAAAACACAUUGUUUCCCUCAAAGAAUUCUGGGCACUGUAGUUUCUUAAGGGUUGUUGGGAAUAGUAUCUCUGUGAGGGAUAAACUACAGAGCCCAGAAUUCUUUGAGGGAAAGAAUGUGCUUUGAAUGCCCUUUGAAGGUAUAGUGUGUACACAGCCCAGGCUUCUAGGAUUCAGUGAAGUAGACCAGGUUUUGCCACAAAUGGCUCCAUCACAGCUGCAACCAUUUCUAGAACACAUAGAAUCCAUAGACCAGUGGGGCCAGGUGAAAACAGAAUUUAUUCUGUUUUAUGCUUCAGGUAAUAAAUUCUAAAUCAGACACCCUUUCUCUGUCCCUCUUUCCUGUAUAUGUGUGCCAAACCCCACACACCUUCUGGUUUUUGUUUUUGUUUUAAUUGAUUUGGGAAUCUUGUAUCCUACUUUUUAACCACAUGGUGUUCAAGGCAGAUGACAACAAUAAUACAAAUCAAUUUAAUUAAAUGCUAUAAAGCAAUAAAAUAAAACAAAAAUCAACACAGAUAAAACAAUAAAAGUAGCUAGCUAAAACCAAUUCUCACCUGUAGGGUGUUGUAGGACAUGAGCAGCACUUUGAACUGUGAAAACAUAACCAGCCUGGAAAUGGACUGGUAGCUAGUGAAGCAGUUGGCUAACCCCUGAGAGUGAGUCCCACUGAAGUCCAGUUGGGCUUUUGUCUGAGUAUGCAUGGUUAGAAUUGCACUGUUGUUGGGGGGGGGGGGUUCCUCACAUUCUCCCUGUACCCAGCACUAGCCAUUACUUUGGUUGCAGCACUCUAAACUAGCAUUUCAUGCAGUUUUUAAAGAUGCAGAGGCCCUGUCAGAAGAAAAGUAGCAACUACCCCCUAAUUCUGACCUUGCACGUUGGGGAGUUGACCCAUAAGAUCAAGUUAGGCGUGAGUCCUUUCAAAGGAUAUUGCUGUGUUUUCCUCCAGGCAUGCCUUAGGUCUGGCUUGGUUUUGCAAAGGACUAGAGAAGCCCCAUAAUGAAAAGCCAGUGGCGAAUUUAUAAUUAAGAAUCUGUACCUCCUGUUUACCUUGAUUAGAAAAAGUAACUCAAGGUUGAAAAUUACCAGCAGGUGGCAAUGGUUGGUCCUCUGACAGUAGACCAUGGAUGGGUAGGGGAAGAGGUUGCAUGCAUAGCUCCUGUGACUUCUUCCAUGGCCAACACAUUUUUAUUUCUCAAACUGGGAACGAUUUAAGCAUGCCUAAAAGUCUUCUAACCAAGUAUUUGAGCUCAGCUUCACUGCAAGAGCUCAGCCUCAGAACCUGCAAGUAACCAGCCAGGCACAUGCGAGUGACUUUGUGCAGACGCAAAGUAUUAUGCCUUAUUACGUAUUAACUGUCAUAAGCUCCAUUAUGCACCCACAUUUGAGUUUUAGGCAGGAUUGGCCCGAGACAUUUUGGCACCUGAAGCAAACUACAUAACGGCCCAUGUUCCUGCCAGAGAAGAAGGGGUGAGUGAAGAUCUACCUCAGGAACAAAGUGGGGAAUAAAGAUCUCAAUUGGGAACAGGGUAGGGCCUCCUAUGUGCCAAAAGGCCACUGUAGAGACAGGUUGGGGGUGGGCCGCUGCUGAAGGCAACAGUUCUUCAGUGUGCAAUGCAGAAAGGAUGCUGCUCCUUCAUGCUGAUGGGAAGGCUACCUGAGCUUCACCUUUCCCCCUCAGGUACAACCUGUUCUAUACCUUCAUGGGUUGCUUGCCUAUAGGAGACCAAGCAAUGUGUGAAGUACAGGUGGGGAAACUUUUAAAGCCUGCAGACCACCUUCCCUUGUGGGCAACUUUCCAAGAGAUACAUAGCAUUAGUAGGCAGAGCCAGAGUGGACAGGGCCAAGGAAUGAUGCACCUGUACGACCAGGUGCAAAAACGUCAGAGGCUUCUUCACACCCACACAUCUCUCCGUCAUCCAUUCAUGUAAGCAAGAGGCAUUGUCCCAUCUCUGGGACACAUUCCAGCCUGUCCAAAGUGCUCAAGGUGGUGGGGCAUACAUACCCUCCAACAUUUAUCUGAUGGAAAUAGGGAGUUAGGUGGGCGAGAAGCAUGGCUUGGGAGAGAGCAGAGAAGCAGACAGAGAGGCUUGAAGGGCCACAUUUGGCUCCCAGGGUCUUAUGUUAUCCACUUCUGGAGUGAAGUGGGGGCCUUUGGUCCCAAAAGCAGUACAGUGGUACCUCGGUUUUCGAAAGUAAUCCAUUCCAGAAGACCGUUUGACUUCUAAAACGUUCGAAAACCAAGGCGCAAAGGGCAGUCUGCAAAUUCAAUAGAGAAAAUUGGGGGGAAACUCAGCAAAAGCCGUUCAACUUCUGAGGCGCGUUUGAAAACGGAAGCAUUUACUUCUGGGUUUUGGGCGUUUGAAAACCAAAACAUUCAACUUCCGAGAUGUUCAAAAACCGAGGUACCACUGUAUAGAAAUAAGCCAAUGAAUGAGAGAGAGAGUUAUUGGCUUGGCCUCAGCCUCCUUGUGUGGAAGCACUGUGUUUCUGUGCACUGUUUCCGCACAUGGUUUUUAAUCAUAUGAGUACCUUUGGGCAGAGUCUUUGUUUAGAUGCCUUUUAAACCACUCUCUCCAACUCAAGAGAAUAACAUUGGAGGAAGGGUUAUAGCAAAGUGAUAGAGCAACUGCUUUUAAUAUAGAAGUUCCUAGGUUCAGUCCCCACCUUUGUCUGAAACACUGAAGAGCGGUUGCCAGACCAGUGGUCUGCCUCAGUUCAAAGUAGCUUUUUAUAUUCUUAACUUCUACAAAGCCACAAAAGGGGGAGUGGAGAUGUCCUCAUGGUGUCCUAUUGCAAGUACCUUUGUUGUCAAUGACGUUAAUCAACAUUUGACACAUUUACCUAUUUAGGGAUUUCAAUUCUGCCUUUCAAAACAGAGUUCUUUCCAAAUAGAGUUCCAUGUUUCCAAAUGUCUGUACAUAAAUAGUCCACACAGACAAGGAAAGGCUUGCUGGGGAGAGAUUUAGAAGAGGAAGAAACCCAUCAGUUGUGUUGGGGGUGGCAGAGGAGGAUGCUGUCCCUCCUCUUUGUCCUGUUUGGCUCAAAAGUUAAGAUGGAAUGAAGGGAUACUUGGCUUCCGACUGGACAGAUUAGGGACUGUAAUGUAGGAAUCCCGUCGCCAUGGGUGGAUUCCAUACCAUAAAUAAACCAGUGCUCACUCUGUCCCGCACCUGUGUUUAUCUGUCUGUGUCUCGGCUUCCGUUCAGCCGGGAGGGAGAAGGGGGGGUAUGGAGGGAGGAAAGGGAAUAUAUUCAAUUGCUUGAGCAGACUUGUGCAGGGCGGCAGUGGGGGGGGCGGGAACCAGGGGGGCAAGCUGACAGAGAAAUAAGGAGUAUCCAAGUGGGGUGGGGGUUGAGGGGAGGACAGUAUGAACAAUAACAUGGUACCAUUUCAUAUGGUUUGCUAUAACAAACAAUGGAAGGAGCGUAAGGCUGCUGAUGGGAGUAAUGAAGGCAAGCUUUUUAAGGAGCAGAGGUAAGACUAGGCCAAGUUGCUAUGGCAACAAGUGUAGCCUAUCUUGGUUAGGCCAUUAGCACUUGAGGCUGUUGUGAGGGCAGUUGAACUUUAUGGUGGCUAUAGGGAUAAUUUCUAUAGCAUGUUUGCCGUGACAGAUAUCGGAAAGAUUGGGAAAUUUAUUUGCAAUACGUUUACUUGCAGGAUCGCUUUACCCCAUAUAUAUAUUCACUUGACCGCUUUGAUUUGCGGAACUGGUGCAGGUGGUGUGUGAUACUUAUUCCACAUUUGUAAUAAAUUAAUCUUUUUUAUGUGGCAUCGUCUACACUUUGGAACUCGCAGCCUGUUGACCUGCUUAAACCACUUUUGUUUAGGCAAGCCUGUCCAGGCAUGUAGAAGUUACAUGUUUUAUCUCAUUUUAGCUACUGUUAAUUUGAAUAAUUUUCGAUUUUUUAAAAAAACUGGGGUUUUUUAAUGCUUUGUUUCAUAUUUUUGUAAAAACCUUAAGAGGUUCUCUUGCUGUCAAGCACGGGCCUCAGCCAGGUUGCUCAGCUGUGGUGAGGGUAUCUAGGGUUAUAUCUACAGUACAGGGCCACCCCUACCAUUAGGCAAAAUGAAGCAAUCAUCUCUGGAGACAGAUGCCAGAGGCUAGGAGUGACAGUAACCCUGUCCCCCCCACCCGCAGUCAUUUCUACUCUUUUGGGGACUAUUCCUCACUUUGGGGGAGCAAAGCUGUGUGUGCCACACAUCUCUGGCACCCUAUAAACUCGGCUGCAUCCCUCUGGUGCAUGGUAGGACACUAUCUCAUUGCCAGUGUUGGAAGUAAAAUUUGACUGUCGGGCCAGUCAGCAUCCAUACAUGGAAUGGGGAAGGGGUAUCCAGUGCCAGAUUUAUGUAUAGGCUAAGUAGGCUGAAGCCUUAGGGCCUCUAAAUCUAGGGGGCCUCGCCAGCCUGUCUGCUCCCCAGCAGGCAACCUCCCCUCUCCCAAAAUUGCAAACCCAAGACUUCAUGCAAGGGGAGGGCAACUCAGUCCCAGCAACUAUGAUACUCAGGGCUAGCCAGUGGGGCCCAAUUUGAAGAAGUGGGGCCCAGCUUUAGGUGUUUGUUUUUUUGUAGGGCUCCAGUUCACAGCCAAAGUCUGCAAAAUCUUAGAGAUACAGUGGUACCUCGCAAGACGAAAAACUCGCAAGACGAAAAACUCGCAAGACGAAAGAGUUUUUGUUUUUUUGAGUUGCUUCGCAAGACGAAUUUCCCAAUGGGCUUGCUUCGCAAGACGAAAACGUCUUGCAAGUUUGUUUCCUUUUUCUUAAAACUGCAUUCAUAUGGGAAACCAUGCUUCGCAAGACAAAAAAUUCGCAAGACGAAAAAACUCGCAGAACGAAUUAAUUUCGUCUUGCGAGGCACCACUGUAUAAAUAAAAUCCAUCUAGAUUGCUCUGGUGCAGGGGGCCCUUUAGGAGCAGCCCGCAGGGCCCAAUUUGGCCCAGUUGCUCCAAUUGCCUUAAGGUCAACCCUGAUGAGACUGUGCAGGGUUUGGACUGACAAGCCCUGCACCUCCUAGGUCCCUGGUGUCACUAUUCAGAGUACAGACUCAAGGACUUGUUAUGGAAAUAAAGGAGGGGCACUUACUAGAAAUCAGUUUUGUCACCUCCUCCCCACAAACCCUGGGACGAUGAACCCAGCCACCUUUUAUUCACAGUUGCAUAAGCACUACACUACAGCAUGGCCAUAAACCUGUACAUUCAACAGCUGACAUACACACCCAAUAUGUAUCAAUGGAGAUUUAUGUUACUGCUUUAUAAAUGAACACUGUGUUUUAUUAAUGGACUUGGUAUUUUUGGAAUUACCUAAGAGCCACCAGUAGGGAGCUGUAAAAUCUGAUAGCUAACCAAUCGGGUACUACCAAACAGCGACCCCUAUUGCUGAAAGCAGGUAACCAGCAGGAAACGCUUCAGCUCAGCCUUUGCACUGUUGACUAAACACCCCCUGCUGUGCAGAUAAUGGAGAAAGCUUGUAAAUUGUAUCCCUUCUGGUGUCCUGGCCAACUCUAUUACACUAGUGUAAACCAAGGAGCCCAGAAUAGCAGCAAAUAAAAUCUGCUCAUAUGUCAGUGGCUGAUAAGACUUGUCAACCAGUUCUUCCAAAGUCUUCCUAAAUUAUAAAGCUCCAAAAUACAGGCCAAAAGAGAGCAGGUCUGGGAAGAGCCCUGCUCCAUGUAGCUCCUGCUCUGCCAUUUGAUAGGAUGCCCACUUGCCCUCCUUCUUGACAUGGAAUGCUCUCUAAUGGAGUCUCCAGGUCCAAUAUAAAGACCAUAAGAAGGGAGAGCAGGGACCUUGAAGUUCCCAACAGCUGUUAAGCAAGCAAGCAAGCAAGCAAGCAAGCACACAGGUCACUUUUGUUGCAGGAUCCCUAUGUCCUGGCCAGGCCUGCACCCAAUCUUGUUUUUGUACAAUCUUGUUUGUUCUCAGUAAUCAAAAUUACCGGUAUAUUAUCAACAUAUACAAGCAGAAAAGUUGUUUUCCUUCAUUUGCAAGGAAUCGUACAAAACAAAGUGGCACUAAUAACGAAAAGUUCCAGGGUGGCAACAGAAAGCAAACUAAAAAUGCUUUUGCAGUUCAUCAGAACUAUCCAGCAAUAUCAAGUUAUAGGAAAAUUGGUGCUAUAAACAGUAAUCCUUCUAGUUGGUUAAUUGAUUUGGCAACUUCCAUGCACAUGACGUCUGAUGCUAAUUCCCCGCAAAGAGUUAAAUGAUAACUCAUCAGAGGCAGCGACAGUUGCAAAUGGAAACGAAAUAUCUGUGAAAGGAAGAGGAGCAGGUUUGCUCAAGUGUGUUGCAGGUAGAAAUACUGUUUGUAAUGAAGUGAGAGCAGUAGUUUCUCAAAUUAACAAAUAAUAAAGUUUUGAGAAUUUACAUGCUACAUUAAAAUUGAUUAAUUCAUUGAGAAGGGGAUUGUAAGAAAAACACUGGGGCCUAAUUUGAAUUAUAGAAUGCAGACCAAAUCACCUGUCAGGAGAGCUAUGAGAUUCAGGUGAGGGUCAUAUGCCUUGUCAAUCCCAGCAGGUAUAUAACAGGAAGACCUGCCUGCUCCAGAGGGAUUUAACCACAAACACAUGCUCUCCUCCUGCGAUUUCCGGCAACUGGCUAGCAGCCAUCAAUAGCCCUCUCUUCCUCCAUGAAUCUGUCCGGUCCUCUUUGAAUGCUGUCCAAGUUGGUGGCCAUCACUGUCUCUUGUGGGAGGGAGUUCCACAGUUCAACGAUGAGCUGCAUAAAGAAACAUUUCCUUCCAUCCAUCCUGAAUCUCCCGCCACCGGAUCCCCGCGAGUUCCUUGGAGGAAGCCGUUAUCAAAUCAAAUCUUUAUUAUUAUGCUCAAUGACCAGCAUUAAGGAAGCCAUUAUAAUUAAGUCAGGUUCAAAUCUAUUGCAUAUGAAAAGCUACAAUAAUUUUAUGAAUAACAAUAUCACAGGCAUGCUGUUAUCAUGGCCUAGCUGUGUUUAGGGCUUCAUUUGUACUAUACAUUUGAAACAGUAGCAUAUCAUUUCAGUCAGUCAUUUCUUUGCCCAAGGAAUCCUGGGAACUGUAGUUUGUUAAGGGUUGUUAGAGGAGACGCCUAUUCCCCUCACAGAGCUGCAAUUCUCAGAGUUUCCUGGGGAAAGGGAUUGCUCGUCAAACCAUUCUGCUUUAAAUGUAUAGUGUAGAUGGAUCCUAGGAAUGGUUGCUCUGCCUGAAGGCUUUUGGGGUAAAAACAGUUUGCUAUGUACAUGUGGGGAACUGAGGCAGUGUUGCAGUUGUGACGUUACGUAACCUCUGUGCCAGUAGCUAUUAGAGAGAGUUUACCCACACACCAGCAAUUAAGGGUGGGGGGUGACACAGGGUUUUCCAACUUGUACUGAGAUUUCUCAUUUUAUGCACCUGCCCAUUUGUACUAUCAUACAUCGCUGCUUCCAUGUUAUAUUUUUCUAGGCCUAUAUAAAUAUGAGUGUGUGUGAGGCCCAAAAACCUGCAGAAGAAUGAGAUUUGGUUCUAAGAAGGAUUUUUUGGAAUGUAUCAUCCAAAGCAAUUGCAGAGGGGCAGGUGGUUCAUGUACAUUUUUUACUCAUUUAGGAUAGUCACAAAUCACCCUUCCUCAAAAAGGAAACCAGAACAAUGUACAAGAAGAACAAAAGCAAAAUACACCAAACCUCAAUAAAAACACAUGCAGGCUAAAAAUUAAAGAACAAAACCAUUAAAACCCAGGCUCCCGUUUUGCUGCUAAGGAUUAAACGUCUCAAUAUGAAAAUGAAUACAAUUCUUCAUCAUCAAACCGCAGAAGCCUGAGUAAAUAAAAAACACCCUAAAUUGACAUCUGAAAACCAGUAACAUGUGAGGCAGAUGUAACUCCAGAUGGAGAUCAUUCCAAAGUCAGGGCCCUAUUAAGAGAAUAAUCUUCUAUAUAUCCCCUCAUCAGGAUUCCUCGCCAGUACUAUGGGCAGAUUCCCACCCACCAAUGGCUGGUAUUGGAGAAGGUGCUCCUUGCAUAUAUUUACAGCAGGUGGGGGGCUAAUUAGUCCAUCUUGCCCAUUAGGCCGCUUAGGCCAAGCUACAUGCAUUUGGCAGAAGGGUUUUAAGUAUAUGGUGAUGCAGAUAAUUUAAAAUAUAGGGUGAGAUCUAAGGUAAAAACAGAACGUGUAUAAAACAGGUGCUAAAGUUGCUGUCCCAUCCCCAUCCCCCCCCCCCCCCAAGGUACUGCUGCCGCACGCAAGUUUGUACAAUUAAAAACGCCAAAUCUAUUUGACUGGGAGCUUGCAGUGGAUUUGCAAACACCCUGGAGGCCUUCAGAAUGCCCUUCGUAUGGUGUGGAGUUUGGGGCACCUCCUUCUUCUAAUUGGGUUGCUGCUGCAGAGGGACCCACAGUAGACAGGGUACUUGUGUACGGCCCUGCUGCGUAGCCAAGCACGCACACACACACUCACCGCCAAACCUCAGCAUUGCCCCAGGGUGGCCAGCUAAAACCAGCUCCUCGCUGGGACCAGCACCUUCCACUGGAGCCAAAUAAUUGCUUGGUCCUUUGUUGUUUGGUGUCUACAGCCCCGGGGCCUUCAUUUGUGGGAACUUGCUGUGGCUAGUGCCUCCCUCUUUAAUUACCUUCUCCUCCUGCUCAUGCACCCGCUCCCUUGGCUUACUCACUCCCCGGCAGCCGGGCGCGACUCUCGAAAAACGUUGGUCCUUUAAAUUGGGCCUUGGCAGCUGUCCCUCCUCCCUUCCCUGCAUACUCUCCCUCCAUCCACCCCACAGCAGCCACAAGGAUUUUGUAUCAAAGCACUUAACAGAAGUGGCGUGCGAGAACCUUGCAGUUAUAUCCUCUGAGUAGGUUUCAGUUGUGGCUUUGCAACAACAUAAGCAGAGCUCUGCUGGAUUAGAACAGGGAUGAGACAGUCCAGGAUCCUGUUAUCAACAGAGACCAACCUCCAGGAAUCCUAUGAAAAGGGCAACAGCCAUUACUGUUGUAUCUCUUGAGCCCCUUGUUAUUUAGUGGUACAUGAGCUUUGAACACGAAGGCUCCAUUUUGCUACUAUGACUAAUAGGUAAAGGUAAAGGGACCCCUGACCAUUAGGUCUAGUCGCGGCCGACUCUGGGGUUGUGGCGCUUAUCUCGCUUUAUUAGCCGAGGGAGCCAGCGUACAGCUUCCGGGUCAUGUGGCCAGCAUGACUAAGCCGCUUCUGGCGAACCAGAGCAGCGCCGUUUACCUUCCCGCUGGAGUGGUACCUAUUUAUCUACUUGCACUUUGAUGUGCUUUCGAACUGCUAGGUUGGCAGGAGCAGGGACCGAGCAACGGGAGCUCACCUCGUCGUGGGGAUUUGAACCGCCGGCCUUCUGAUCGGCAAGUCCUAGGCUCUGUGGUUUAACUCACAGCGUCACCCGCGUCCCUACUAUGACUAAUAGCUGCUGAUAAACCUAUAUUUCAUGCAUCUCUCUCUUUAAAAAGUGAUAGAAUUCACUAUCGGAGAAUGUGGUGGUGGCCACUAAUUUCUAUCUAUUAUUAUGUGUAACAUAGAAAUUAUUUUUCUCUGUUCUGAACUUAGGGCCACUCCAGGCAACUUGUUUAUUGAGCAUCCAUAUUGAUUUGCUUGCAAAGCACUUGUCCUGCAGUCACCCCAAUUUACUUGUAGGUUGUUUAUAUAAAUUCCUGUUAGUACUUCCUUCACCCCACUUUUUUUCAAUGCAUGUUCCAAACUGCAAAAAAUCCUAUUCUUUUUUAAACUAGAUUUGUUGUACUAGAGUGGCAGAACCCUUUAAUCCACUUCAAUUGCAAAAACCUAAAGUGCUAGUAUGUGCUUGAAUCCCUCCUGAAAAAUAGUGACAGUCUGAUGGCAUCCCUACUGUGUCUCAAUUUCAUUGCAUGAGCCCAAGUUUUAGCAUUACAAUAAGAGAGGGGAUCUCAUAUUCCAUAAAGUGCCUGUUAUUUCUAUACCCUUCUAUACUUUUUUCCUUCUGUUUCUUCUUAAGCUUUAAAGGGAAAGUGUUGCGACCCCUUGAUUAUUCUGGUUGCUCUUUUCUGUGUCUUUCACACUAAUUUGAUUUGAUUAAUAUUUAUAUUCUGCUUUUCCAACAACAAAUGUUGAGCUCAAAGAGGCUCACAAAAAUCACAAUAGCAUUUUUUUAAAAAAACAAGAAACAUUGCAAACGCUAUAAUAGCAAUCACAGUGGCAUAUAAACAAAGCAAACAACAGUUGACAGCACAUUGAAUAGGCGUUUGAAAGCAAGUGUAGGCAAACAAAUCAGAUAAUGUGCAUCAGGUGAAGACAUCCCCACCCUUUCUUUGGUGUGUACAGCAACAUAAAAAUGCAACUUGAAGUGCAGCAGCGAGGAAACAACCUCACUGGGAGCUCAUUCAAACUUCCAUUUGUACUGCAAUUUAAUCUGUCCUAUGAUUUCUAGGCACAGGUCUGAUAGGUUUUUCUUUUGUUCCACCACUUUCCCCGAGAAAACCUGCCGUUUUACGACUGAAUUGGAAGAAACAUAAAUCUGCAGAAAUGUUUCAAAUUUUUAAAUAAUUGAUACCAUCUGCAAAGGAUGCAGGUGGCGGUGUGGGUUAAACCACAGAGCCUAGAACUUGCCGAUCAGAAGGUUGGCGGUUCGAAUCCCUGCCAUGGGAUGAGCUCCCGUUGCUUGGUCUCUGCUCCUGCCAACCUAGCAGUUUGAAAGCAAGUCAAAGUUCAAGUAGAUAAAUAGGUACCGCUCUGGCGGGAAGGUAAACGGCGUUUCUGUGAGCUGCUCUGGUUCACCAGAAGCGGCUUAGUCAUGCUGGCCACAUGACCCGGAAGCUGUAUGCCGGCUCCCUCAGCCAAUAAAGCGAGAUGAGCGCCGCAACCCCAGAGUCGGCCACGACUGGACGUAAUGGUCAGGGGUCCCUUUACCUUACCAUCUGCAAAACUUGGCUACCUCAGUGCUCAUCCCCUGAAUCCAUAUCCUUUAUGAACAGUUUAAAGGGGUAGUGCCUAGUGGUUGAGAUGGGAAUGGGGGAGGGGCCUCUGAAAUCAUAGGACAUACAAGGUUAUAAAAUAUGAAUUACCCUCUUAACUUUUUUUUCACCGAACCUCUUACAAUCACUAUCAGGGUAGUACAACAGCGGCUUUUCAGAGUGUGCAUAUACGUGAAUUUGAACAUGAUUUGUGUUAGUUAUGGUUCAUGUGAAACAAGGAGCGCUGAGAUGUUUUAGAAAAAAUUGAAACCGAAUACAAGGGUACAAUCUUGUGUGUACAGUCGCCCCACCCUUGGGUUUGACUUGCCAGAUCUAAGAAUCCCAGUGAGAAAGUUGUAAGUCAAAAAUAGCUUAUCUUCUGAGUUUAAGCCAAUAAAAACUCAGAAACGUGAGGAGUUAGGAGUCCAACGUUGUUUAUUGCAAAGCAAUAGGUUACAGUCGGAUCAUUCCGCAAAACUGCAACCCUGCCCAGUGGUCCAGGCAGUGGUAUUUAUAAAGUUUCAAACAAAGCAUUUCAAUUUUCACCGAACAUAAACAUCAUUACCACAUUUCACGUUAAAUACACAUGCGCAAUAAGCACUGGCAAUUUCUGCUGAUUAAGUUUUGAUUCCCACUGUGUCCUGUUACAUUGUGUUAGUGUGCAUGUUGGGAACCUGUGUUACGUGUAGCCAUUUGCACCAUGUAGCAACUUAUGUUCUAGCUUUGAGCUGUAUCUUUGUGAUUCACAUAUUAGCUGUAUUUCUGUCCCAAUGGGGGCGGUAACUUGCAAAAUCAGCAGUUUCAUAAAGGAAUAGGUUACCAUAACUUCCGCAUUAGAAGCACACUCAAGGAUUGACAGGGGUACACAUUUGGGCUGCCACCACCACAAGACCAAAGGGACAUGGUUGUUACGACAUUUGCUUCCUGAUUUAGGAGCUGGGACUAGGUGGGAAAAGAAAUGCCACAUGAAGGCUGAUUUAUUUUCUUUUAAAGUUUUAUUUAUUGCAUUGUGGAGCAUUUCCAAUCCUUUAUAUUCUGGAUUUGCUAACACAUACAUAAAUAUUAAUAUACGUGCACUUGAAGAGCUGGGGGGACGGACGGACGGACAUGGUUUUUUAAAGAGUAUGUAUGUGCACAAAAGGACUAGUUAAAGGGUGUUUUUCAGCAGCUAUCCUUAUUAAAUGAAUUAGGUUUUGGUUAUAUUCCCACUCGGAUUGUCAGGGUCCAGAAUGGCUGAGCCAGGGGAGAUUGGCUCUAAAGUACUUGGCCGACAGACUUUGGUUCCCAGCCUCUGUUAGUGAUUCCUGAGACAAAUUUGCCUAAUUCCUUUAAUCCUUUUCUAGCUCAGAUAAUUCUUAUUGCUUCUAAAACUUGCACUGAGUUCCAUGAAUGAUUCCCAAACGCUCUUGCAUUGCUUUGGCAAAAUCCCAUUUCCAGCUUCACCUAGCCUUUGACCAACAGCUAAAAGAUUAUACCUUUCCAUCGGGGAGAUGGUAAAACCCUUAUGAGAUCUGUUAUUAAAACCCACAAACAGGCACCGGAAAUGCCAAUAAAAAUAUUGGAAGAUGCAUUAAGUUUGACUUCAAAAGUGUGAAUAAAAAAUCUAAAACCGCAGCUCCAAAGUUACUCAUGGGAUCUAAGCAGAUACUUUCUUUAGGAUACAGAGAGCUAGGGACAGAACAUACAGUAUAAUAACUGAGGAUUUGAAUGAUUCACAAAAUUUAAAUUUGUUUGCCUAUUCAGUGAUCUGAUAUUAGAUCUAGUGUCAUUUUAAAGCACAGAUGAGGACUAUCAUAUGAUUUCCAGUGGUGGUUGCCAGUCCACACCAAGAUUUUGUGGUACCCAAUCCCUCUUUUCAAUGUAGGCAACACAAAUGAUAUCAGUAUUCUGUCUUCUCCCUACACUCCCCACUGUAGCGGACAGGCUUCAAAUAUGCUUUGUGACAGUGUCUUGUAGUUCUCAUUGUCAGUGCAGGCUUGCCAGACAACAGAGGGUGAUUCUGGAUGACCUGUUUACUGAGCAUUCAUCCUCAUUUGUUAGCACACAAUUUGGGCACAGGUUAUACCUGCCAGCUGGCUCCAUUGAAAAACAUUGUGUGCAGAGUGAGAAGAUCACCAUGUACUGAACAUUUGUUCUGAUUUAUCUUCAUGGAGGUUAUCACUUCUAGCCAUUCUGUGGCUUGUCUUUUGGGGAGGCAGCCAAGAGCAUUAAAUCCGCUUUAAUCAUGCUGUCUAAAUGUGCUGAUAUAGUAUUGAAGCAUAUCCACAAAACAGUAAAAGUCUGGAAGCAGUCAUAGAAGCUCUCUGCACCAGUGCUUGUUCUCAGUGGUGAUUACUGGGCCACAGUGAUGCUCUGAUGUGCAUGCUGUGCCAUGGUUACUUGUGGUUGCAACACAGGCAACACAGUAUUGGAGUUCUCUCUCAUUUAGUACCUUUUCUGGUAAGUAAUACAGAAGCCACAGGCCUAGUUUACACAAUGGUAUGCAUGUUCAGGACUUGAUAACUGCCACAUUUGGUGAUGACUUCCAUGUGCAAAUGUGUCAAAAACAACCUUUUCACCUGGUGCAUGGUUUUCAGUGGAGUCAGCUGGCACAGUUAUCUAAUGUAAGGAAAUCAUGCAUGUGUACAGCAGGCCAUAGUGGUAGUCUGGUCCAUCCCCAUCCCCCAACCCAUUUUUGGUGCUUGCUAGGCAACUUUAAGGGACACGGGUGGUGCUGUGGUCUAAACUACUGAGCUUCUUGGGCUUGCCGAUCAGAAGGUCGGUGGUUUGAAUCCCCACGACGGGAUGAGCUCCCAUUGCUCCCGUUGCUCAGUCCCAGCUCCUGCCAGCCUAGCAGUUCAAAAGCACGCCAAAAAUGCAAGUAGAUAAAUAGGUACCACUCUGGCGGGAGGUUAAACGGUGUUUCCGUGUGCUGCUCUGGUUUCGGUGUUCCAUUGCACCAGAAGCAGCUUAGUCAUGCUGGCCACAUGACCCACAAAAACUGUCUGGGGACAAACGCCUGCUCCCUCGGCCUGUAAAGCGAGAUGAGCGCCACAACCCCAGAGUCGUCUGCAACUGGACUCAACUGUCAGGGAUCCUUUACCUUUACCUUUUUAGGCAACUUUAAGAACACUCAUCCCGUAAUUGUGACCUCUGGGCAAAACGUAAGUUAGUGCUCUCUCUGUUCCCCAUCUUUUUCCAAAAGUGCAUGCUAGAUAGCACAGAAGUCAAGUUGCUAAAUCACACCGAGGAUUUGUGGCUUUCAUUCAACAUACUUUCGAGCAGGGGUCAGCAACCUUUUUCACCAUGUGGUGGGCCGAACUAUAUUUUUUUGGGGGAAAGAACGAAUUCCUAUGCCCCACAAAUAACCCAGAGAUGCAUUUUAAAUAAAAGGACACAUUCUACCCAUGUAAAAACAUGCUAAUUCCUGGACCGUCCGUGGGCUGGAUUUAGAAGGUGAUUGGGCCGCAUCCAGCCCCUGGGCCUUCGGUUGCCUACCCCUGCUUUAGAGGGUGUUUUUUGGCAUUAGCAUACAGGUUGAGACAUUUAGGCACCCUACUACCCCUGCUACCCAGUGGUGACACUGGUCUGCGCAGAGUACCAUCUCAAGUCCUAUGCUGGCAGCAAGCAGUGUUUAUCAUUUGGCAUGCUGCUGAUUCCUCUGCCUUCCAUAACAUUCUUCACAACUGAGAGCUAACUAUGAGAUAUAUUGAAGGCAAAUGUAUUUUUUAUAUGCACACGAAACAGGAAAGACGAGGGUCUUCUGCUUACUCUGUGGUUAUACUAAGAACUAAAGACGGUGCUUUCUAUUAAUGCUUUUUGUAUAAAUGCCACCUGGCAUGGGAGGAGUUCAAAGGACUCUCAAGCUAUUUUAAUUUAGUACAAUGGGCCUUUACAGAUGAGGAAACUGUGUUAUGGGGGGAGGCAGUAAGUGAGUUGCCUAAAGAGCCAUCUUAGCUUCUCAAGACUCCUCGUCUUCCCUGCUGCAACAAUUAAACUGGAAUCCUAAACAUCGUUACCCAUAGAGCUAACUUCUGAGUAGAUACGCAUGUAGAUAUGCAGCCACUGUCAGACUUAAUCUCCCAGAUGUGGGAAUGGAAACCUGGUGUCCAGCUUCCCAGCUCAGUAUUUCUGUUUCUGCCUACUUCCUGCGGGAGUGUAUUUAAUAGUUUAACAGCGUUCUGAGUGGCAUAUAUUUGUAUGUUGCCUUUCCACCAAAUCUGUGUACAUUUACCCACCUUCCCCCUUUUAUAUGUACAAUAGUCCUGUGAGGUUGACUUGGCUGAGUUAAUAUAUGUACUCAAGUUGCAGUUCUUGUCAACAGAUUGCUGGGGCAAGUGGAUGCAGGGGGUCCAAUCCAGACAGUGCAACAGGCCCAGGAAAUCCCUGCACUCCAGUCUCAAAAGUUUUUUCCUUUUCUCCAAGGAUAUUUUAAAGCACUGCUGUUAAGGGUCCAGUGAUGUCAAUAUGAAGCAUUACCAAUUCCCUUGAACCACUGUUGCAUUUCAGCCAUAUACAGAAGCCAUUUUCAGCCACCUGCUGCUGAGGCAAUGUGAUACACAUGAGUUUCUUUCUUCUGACGCUUUAUGAAUAAUCUUUGGCUUCAUUGCAUUACCUACCAUCUUUCAUCCCUUCAGGCAGUAAACUACUGUAGAUUAGAGCUGAGGUUGCUCCCUGAAGCUUUUGAAUUCCAUUCACCACCACCUCCUCCGUCUGUAAUUUACAUUUCUUUUCACUGGUUUCAUCUAAUGGACUACAAAUUAUUUAUUCCCUUGCUAAGGUUUUCUAAAGGAUGCGCCUAACAAUUAAGAUGCACAAGAUAUGCUUGCAAGAAUUGUUCUAACAGUGACACUGGUAUCGUAGGGUUCUUUGUAAGAGAGUUUUAUAGGUGGAAUAAUGCAAAAAACUGUAGGAUGGUUUAUGUUUUGUCUUUUAAAAAUGGAAAUGGCAGCGUCUCUUGACUCCUCUUAAAUCCAACAUAAGUUUUGCAAAAGCUAAGUAUCAUAGAAUCAUAGAAUCAUAGAAUCAUAGAGUUGGAAGAGACCACAAGGGUCCAUUGAGUCCAACCCUCUGCCAAGCAGAAAACACCAUCAGAGCACUCCUGACAUAUGGUUGUCAAACCUCUGCUUAAAGACCUCCAAAGAAGGAGACUCCACCACACUCCUUGGCAGCAAAUUCCACUGUCAAACAGCUCUUACUGUCAGGAAGUUCUUCCUAAUGUUUAGGUGGAAUCUUCUUUCUUGUAGUUUGGAUCCAUUGCUCCGUGUCCACUUCUCUGGAGCAGCAGAAAACAACCUUUCUCCCUCCUCUAUGUGACAUCCUUUUAUAUAUUUGAACAUGGCUAUCAUAUCACCCCUUAACCUCCUCUUCUCCAGGCUAAACAUGCCCAGCUCCCUUAGCCGUUCCUCAUAAGGCAUCGUUUCCAGGCCUUUGACCAUUUUGGUUGCCCUCCUCUGGACAGGUUCCAGUUUGUCAGUGUCCUUCUUGAACUGUGGUGCCCAGAACUGGACACAGUACUCCAGGUGAGGUCUGACCAGAGCAGAAUACAGUGGCACUAUUACUUCCCUUGAUCUAGAUGCUAUACUCCUAUUGAUUCAGCCCUUACCUUAUCAAAGGUAACCAGGAAGUUUUCAAGAGCUGAGCUGCUAGAUCAAACUCUUUACUAAGUUAGGGCUGCCAUACAUCCGGAUUUUUAGAGACAUUAUCGGGAUUUCAAAGGCGGAAUUCACGUUGAGGGGAAAUUUCUGAAAGGCAGCACUUUGUCCUGGAUCAUAGGCAAAUCAAUUGAAAAAUCACGUUUUUUUAGCAUUUUUGUUUUUUAAAAAAGCAGCUUAAUAAUUUCAGUGGUUUCCUUUAAAAAAGCUCAAAAUUGUUGAGAACCUAUUGGGGAAAAUUAGCUGCUUUUAUUGCUGCUCAGCAUUUAACAGCAGUUCAUUCUGCUACUUUUAUAUUUCCACCACUCAGGAAGUAAGCAGCAAAUGUUAGAACUGACAAACUGAGCAGACAUAAAUACAUCUCAAACUAUUUUUCAGCCUUAAAAUGUGAUAAUGAAGGAAGUCUUUUUUACUUUGCCUUUACAUGAUUCAGGGAUUAAAUCUGAGUAAAUGCAAAUACUGGGGUCAGCAAACUUUUUCAGCAGGGGGCCGGUCCACUGUCCCUUAGACCUUGUGGGGGGGCAGACUAUAUUUUGAAAAAGAAAGAAAGAAUGAAUUCCUAUGCCCCGCAAAUAACCCAGAGAUUAAUUUUAAAUAAAAGGACACAUUCUACUCAUGUAAAAAAACGCUGGUUCUCGGACCGUCUGCGGGCUGGAUUGAGAAGGCGAUUGGGCCGGAUCUGGCCCCCGGGCCUUAGUUUGCCUAGCCAUUAUUUACAACAUGGUUCAUAGGUUAGAAUCUCCUGAGUUAGCAAAAGUAGCUCCAGCCCUACCUCUCUUAGAAUUUUUAACAUUGGCAGGUAUGGCAUUGAUUCUGCUGACUGGAAUUUCACUGCUGGGCACCUAAAGCCCCAUUUCCUUGGAGCUAAACAGAAUACAAGUGAAGAAAGCUCUCUGCAGUAUCAACUGGUCCUACAAACACAGGCAGCUGCUUGAGAACCAUUUCUCAUGGUGUGUUUGCGUGUGAAAGUCAGUUCCUGUGUGUGUGUUGUACUAUAGUACCAGAAGUCUACCUGACAGUUGAUCUCGGAUGUGUAUCCAAAUUAGCAAGCUGGCAUAGCAUCUAUCUGUAAGCAUCCUAAAAUUAGACUCUGGAUUGAGUGGUCUUACAGUAUGAGGUGGUUUUAGGGUUGUGUGACUGGUUCGGUCACACUGGGUGCCACACUGCAGGGAGCACCACAACAGUGUUGUUGUAGAACGGAGUUCAGGAGGCAAGGGGGUGCAGGAUGUUAGCAUUGCACAGGGUGCCGCUGAAAUUUGAGAGUGUAAAGUCUGCCACUGAUGCAAACAGGAGCCUCUUCAGAUGGUAAUGCUAUUUACCUCACCUACUUCAAAAAGCAGAUCCUGAAGCUGAGGCUCCAAGACUUUGGCCACCUCAUGAGAAGAGAAGACUCCCUGGAAAAGACCCUGAUGUUGGGAAAGAUGGAGGGCACAAGGAGAAGGGGACGACAGAAGACAAGAUGGUUGGACAGUGUUCUCAAAGCUACCAGCAUGAGUUUGACCAAACUGCGGGAGGCAGUGGAAGACAGGAGUGCCUGGCAUGCUCUGGUCCAUGGGGUCACAAAGAGUUGGACACGACUAAAUGACUAAACAACAUCAACAAAAACUUCAAAAAGUGGUAAAACCCCUGUUGCAUUUGGGAGCCCUCCUGCUCAUUCUGCUGAGUGGGACCCUGAACAUCUACCCCAAAGUGAUGGGUAGUGGUGCCCUCAUCUCUAUCAUUGUGAUACCCAAUUUUUCAAUAUGAGAUAUAUAAAUCAAUCUUUGCAUAAAUGGGUCUACAGCUUAAUAGAAAUCCUAUCUUAGACUGUAUACUCACCCUAAAAUAUAACUUUAUCCAUACUCUUAAUAAACAAUACCUACAUGUGGCAAAAAUGACUUGAGAGAAUCUCAGAAGGGCUUGAACAAGGGACUUGUCCACAUUUCAGCAUUAUUUAGCAAUUAAUCCAUAUUUUCCCCACCCACAAUUUGAAUUAGAUUGGAGGAGUUCACACCCUCACGAAUUCGAAUUUGUAUCUGAGAAGCAACUUUGGUCUUUCCCACGUUCCCUUUUGCAUUUAUGCCCGCCUGCUAUUCUGCCAAUAGCAGUACUGACAGGGCAUGCUUGCAGAUAGCUGCCCAUGCACCCUUAAAAAAAAAAACCCUCCCCAAAAGUGUGCAAAACAGCUUCUGCAGUUUUUGCAAAUCUAAGGGAUCAAAAGAAAAAUAAACAAAAGGCUGAACUUGCCUAUCUUUACUAGCACGGUGGAAAAGAUGAAAUCUAUGCAUGUGUAACAGUUAUCUUGCAUGUACACACCUCAGCUUUCCUGUGGCUUAAGUUUUCAAAUCAGAUGGAAGCAACAGUAUUUCUCAGUAAAUGUUCCUCCCCUGCCAUAAGAGUAACAAAAUUUGUACCCCUCCUUGCUGCAAUUACUGGCAAAAAAAGAGAGAAGCUCCCACUGGUGCCUAACCCCUACUACAGCACUGAUGGAAAUCUAAAAGAGACAAGUCUCAUGUAUGCUCCCCUGAGCUCAUUGGAGGAGUGGCAAGAUACAUCUAGUAGUUCGUGUAGAACUAGCAACCAGGGUUCAGUCCCCACUCUAACAUAAAGUUCGCUGGGUGACCUAGGGAUGCCAUAUUGCAAAAAGUGAAAAUCUGGACAAAAUAGCUAUUGAACCAAAGUAAAAUCGUCAAAAACGGCACUGCUGACAUGGGUUGCCAUAUGUCCGGGUUUUGCUGGACAUAUUGCCAAUUUCCGCUGCUUCCAACCACGGAAUUCCAUGUGUGUCCAGGAAAUUCCAGAAAUAUGGCAACCCCACCUUGGGCGAGACAUUCCACCUAUUCUACCAAACAGGCUUGUUGUGAGGAUAAGAUGGGAACUGGGAGAACUAUGUAUGCCGUUCCUUGGGGGAAAAGUGGGGUAUAAAUGUAAUAAUAAAUGAGUGUGAUAAGUAGGAUUCCUAAAGGAUGAGUGGACAUCAUGUGGUUUCCAUGCUUGUCUUUGGUCCUGCCUAACCCUUUUGUGAAUUUGGGGUUCUCUUCAUGUGCUUCUUUGCUUCCAGCAUUCUUUUUCACCCUCCCAUAACAUUCCCUGGUUACCUCUGUCACCAAGAGAGCUAGAAGCUUAUGCUUUUUUAAAAAAAAGAGGAACUGAGAUUCUUAAAUGUUGACUAAAAGUUUGCAUAUUUUCUUUUCUUUUACUUUUUGUUCCUUCUUUUGUUCCAAGGAGGAAGUCUGGCAUAGACAAUAGAUUUGGGGGCUCCACUCUGGCGCAAACAAAGGCUCCCACCUGGGACACAGUGCAAUUCAUUUUUUUUAUAUGACUUUGCUUUGUGGGAUCACUCUCUUUGUCUCUGUUAAAUAUCAGUUGUAUCUUCGUUAGAAAGGAGGAGUGUCUCCGCUCCUGUGAAACGGAAGGCAGUGCAACAGCCAUCUUGUUUGGGGUUAGCUUUGCUUUGAAAAUGAAGGGGAUGGCUGGCUUUGAGUUUUAUUUCAUUUUCUCUCUCUCUCUCUCUUUCUUUUUCUUUUUGGUGGGUGACACAUACAUUCAAGCACUGGAGAAGGCGAGUGCAAAAUGGCAAAAGAACAAACAAAAAUACGUAAUUGGUGGGGAUUUUAGUGAUAUGCCUUUCAGUGAAGUUUGCCUUUGCUCUCUGCUCAUCUUAUUUUACAGCCUAUUUUACUGUCCAGUUCUUGACAAAGUACAUAUUGCAUGUAAUUACAUGUGAGAAAAGAUGAAAAGUCAUUUAUGGAGGGAAUGAUGUUCAACAGAAAAAUGGCUACAGGCUGGUACUUAACCCUUUCCUUGCCCAUCACUUCUCUGCUUCAGUUCCCCCGCACAUGCCUCCCCUUCCUCCUUUAUGGUGUCCAGAUGCAAAUUAAUCCCUAGAUGGAUUGAGUGAGCAAAUGUGCAAGUUUUUGUAGGAGAGAGCCAAGUGGCUGGCUGCCCUAUGCAAGGGAUAGCAGAGAAUUCUGUCAAAAUGGGAAAGAGUCCCUGAAACUGCAUCAGUUUGUGUGUUCAUUCACAAGCCUCAUCGGAAAUCAGGCAGGCAAAUAUGAUCAGUAUUUGCUGGUGCCAUUCCCCCACAUCCCAAGCCUCAAUUCAUUGUCAUUAUUUUUUCUCAUUACAUGAUUGAUGACCGCUUCCCUCCAUUGAAAUGAAUGGUGUGGAAUCACCCAACAAUAAUGUAAUUAACUAUGUUGUUAAAUUAGGCCACAGCAAACAGCAAUCCAAAUAACAUUGCUUUUGGAGAACCUGAAUUGUAGCAGAAUGGAAAUGGUGCUGCAUGCGAUAGGAGGCAAAAUGGAAAAGUAUGCCUUUUUAGAUCCCUUGGAAUAGCAUGCUGGAGGUCUCCUGCUAUCUGUCUCCAAAAGCGUGGAACCAGCUCAGUGCUCUCUAAUACUUUACAUUGUCAGAUGUGGCUGCGGAUGUGCUAGGCUGAUGUCUUGCAGCAGGAAUUGAUGUUAGCUUUGUCCGAACUAAACUUCAGUUUAUUGGCUCUCAUUGUAUAAAUCAGGGGUCAGCAACCUUUUUCAGCUGUGGGCUGGUCCACCGUCCCUCAGACCAUGUGGUGAGCCGGACUAUAUUUUUUUUGGGGGGGGGGAGGAAUGAAUUCCUAUGCCCCAUAAAUAACCCAGAGAUGCAUUUUAAAUAAAAGCACACAUUCUACUCAUGUAAAAACACCAGGCAGGCCCCACAAAUAACCCAGAGAUGCAUUUUAAAUAAAAGGACACAUUCUACUCAUGUAAAAACAUGCUGAUUCCUGGACCGUCCGCGGGCUGGAUUGAGAAGGCAAUUGGACUGUAUCUGGCCCGCGGACCAGAGGUUGCCUACCCCUGGUAUAAAUGCAUUCUAAAGGUUUUAUGGGUUUGUUUGUUGGCUUUCGUGUUUCUACCGUGUUGUAAGUCUCCUUGUGUCACUUUUGUGAGUAAAUCAACUUAAAAUCACCAUUAGCAUCAUAGUAGCAAAGGGGACACCUUCCUGUCUCGUUUAUAGAGCUCUUCCUUCCACUCUGAGUAAAUGAUGACUUCAAGUGUUGCAGCUGUUAGGCGGCCUGGCAAGUUCUGGAGGAAGGACAGCAGGCCUGACAGGUUUGGGGAGAAAGGAGAGUUGGGAAUAGAACAGACUGUGUAGAGUGAAUCUGAUCUGAGUAUGUGUGUGUUUCUCACUGUCUGACUCGACUGGGAGGGGAAAUGUGGAGGGGGUGGUAGAAUACAAGCACUGUAUGUCAUCAGAAUGAUUCAUUGACCUAGCCCUGGCCAGAGAGUCCAAGGCAGGCCCAUACAGAGUUUGUCUGAGGCCCAGGGCGGGAGUCCCCAGUCAGCUGGGAGCCACAGAGUGUACUAGGCAUGACAGUGUAAGUCCGGCAGCCCCCUGACAGACCCUGCCCCCCAGCCAGCUUAGACCUCCAGGGCCCACAACAACAGCCCUUUGAUCAUGUGCAGUGUGUGUUUGCCUGGCUAUCAAGACGCCAAAGCCACACACCUGCAGAGGGGAAUACAGUGGUACCUCAGGUUACAUACGCUUCAGGUUACAUACGCUUCAGGUUACAGACUCCGCUAACCCAGAAAUAUUACCUCAGGUUAAGAACUUUGCUUCAGGAUGAGAACAGAAAUUGUGCUACGGCGACGCAGCAGCAGCAGGAGGCCCCAUUAGCUAAAGUGGUGCUUCAGGUUAAGAACAGUUUCAUGUUAAUAACGGACCUCUGGAACGAAUUAAGUCCUUAACCCAAGGUACCAUUGUAUACUAUUUUAGCUUAUAAAGGCUUAGCACUCGAAGCUAGGAACUGGCCAUGGAAUAGGUGUGAUAUCGAUAAGAGAGCAUGUCAGGGACUUUAGGACUAGGACUUGAAUUAAGAACCUUGUGGAAUUAGAUUGGGACCUAGCGUAGUGAAGUGUCUGCACUCAAGCCUUUAAGCCUCCUUAGGAAUAGGCCUGUGCAAUAUUAGCCCUUGUGAUUGGUGAGCUAUUUCUGGUAUAAACACUGGGAAUCUGCACCUGGACGUGAAUAUUGCCCCCUCCCCAAGGACCAUCUUCUGUAAAGUAGGAUCGGUGGCUACGCUUUGUGCAUCACUUUAGCUCUCUGCAAGUGAUUCCAAGGACCUUGGGCUGGACAACUCAUUCACUCAGCCUAGAUUCAGGCACAGCUACCCAGAGCCAAAACUUGGACCUAACAGUAAGCAUCACUGCAGCUGAUGUAAAAAAACCCCACGUCCUGGCUAAAUUUCUGCCUAUCAUAUGGCACAGGGGUGAGCUUCUAAGUGGAAAUGAGCUAGCCUCCUUACGUUAAUUCUACCCAGUUGAAAAAUAUAACUGUGGGAGGAGCAAAUAAAUAUGCUCAAAGCCCACUUUUAAUGGGUCUCAUUACACUGCCAUUCUAAGGGGAAAGCUGAUCUCCUUAUCUGAGUUGUAAAAAAAAAAACCACAUCAGGCACUGCUAAUGGUUUCUUCGAAGAAUUAGAAAGUGGCUUGCAAGCCUCAUUUUUAAGGCCUCAUAACCUACUGGAGGUGUAAUUUUCAGAGAGCUAAUCCUACUCUGGUGGUGUCAUUCUCGCCCCAGGUGGUUGUGACGUUGCUUCAGUUGGCUCAUUCACAAAUUCUGCUCCCUUUGAUCCUGCCCAUGAAACAAACCUGUUUUGCCAUUUAUUUUUAGGAGGGCAAGGCCCCAUGUUUCCCUUUGCAUCUUACAUACAUAAAUAGGUAAGAGGCCAAUGCACCCAGGCAAACCAGGAUGGAUGUGCAGAAGAUUUGUUUUAAAUAUCACUGUAUCAUACCCUCCAAACUCUUAAGAUGGGAGAACACUGGUACAUUAAUUUUUGUGUUCAGUGAACGACAUAUUUGUGUGUGUGUGUGUGUGUGUGUGUGUGUGUGUGUGUCUGUGUGUGUGUGUGUUCAGAUAGGAAAAAAGCCAGCCACAUCCCUGUGGCCAAUUUUCUAGCUCAGUUAAAGAGCUGUUGCUUUAAUACAGGAAGGGGAACCUUUUCUGUCAAGGGGCAUGGUCCUUAAGGAGUAAUGGCGGUGAUGGUGGGGGGCUGCAUGCCAACAGUGGGUGGGAACAUUCUCUAUCUGCCUUCUCUCCCCCCCCCCAUCUUCAUUUUCUCUCUCUCUCUCUCUCUCUCUCUCUCUCUCUCUCUCUCUCUUUCCACCCCCUUCUCCCUGCUCUCUUUCUGCCAUCCCCAUACUCCUUCCCUCUCUUUCUCACUUCCUGUGUGUGCGUUAGCGAGUUUAAUGGAAGAGAUUGUGGGUCUGGUUGCGCACACUGCUACUGGCACAACAGAAGACAGUUAUCAAAUAGCAAUGGAGGAUGCUAGGAGGAGUCACCUGGGGGGAAAGUACCAAUUUACACUGGAGAGUCAGUCACCUGUGCCAAAUCUGCCAGCCUGGCCCAAGACCUUUUGGAAAAUACAAACGGCACCCUCUCCCACCAGUUAACCUGUGGGACAAUCCACUGUGAAAUUCUCCUGCACAAGCAACAUUAAAAUAAAAGAGAGCGACACGAAGGUAUGACUGUACAAUUGUGUGGCAUCCGUUGAUUUCGGUGGGGCCUCUGUAGAAGUUACAAGUGACUUGUGUCCCAAAGGUCAGAUCUCUCACUCUGCUACCUUCAGUGGUUUCCAAAUAUCUCUUAACCUUUUCUGAUGAAAUAUAAUCACAUUUGCACCUUGAGUCAUGUAUGCACAGAGCAGUCCUUGUUGAUCCCACUUUCUUCCAGCCAACUAGAUAAGUGACAGACCAGAACAGACUGCAGGGCUUGGGCAUACUAAACAUGCCCCUCUCAAAAGUCAAGUUCAGGAGUGGCCUUACAUGACGCAUUUUUGGACAUGAAGGCUUUGUUUGCAAAAUAUUGUGUGACUGUUUCAUGUUAGUGCACUGAAAUAAUGUCCCACAAAAGAUGAAACUUAGGGCAUGUGCUAGCUAGAAACUCACGUUUCUGUUAAACUAUCACCAUUUUUUUUAUUUGUCUUCAAAAUCAUGGAAAUUUCCCCUCAAUAGGUUCUAAAUUUGGUCAAACAGGUUCUCCCCUCCCUAGAUGACAAUACACGCUUUCUGAUUAAGAUAGGGAGGGAAAGGAAGCGGGUAUAAUUAAAAAUCAGACAUGAAUUAUUCAGGGCUGUCAACUACUUUAAAAAAUGUUAGGAGAGGCUGGGUUUUUCUUAAAGGUCAGAUCCCAGAGCCUUUUUGGAGCCUCAGCGAUUAUAAAUGCUAUACAAUUUUAGCAGAGAUGAACUGGCAAAAGCCAUAAUAAAACAGGGCAGGAUGGAAUGGGAAAGCACACAAACCAACUCUGAAGUUAUUAAAGAAUAGGAUACAAAAUCAUAUGUAGGCUUCAGUUAAAGACCAUGGCAGCUUAACAAGGGCAAAUGAGGAGGGAUGUUUGCUACAUUGCAAACCCCUGGUAUAAGCCUUUUUUAUUUUUAAUGUCCUUGAUGAUUGAAAUGCCACCUGUGUCACAAAUUCACUGUGUGACCUUAGGCAAGACACCACCCUCCCCAAUCCAAUCUGCAACAUGGGUCUAAAAAUAAUAAUAAUAAUACCUUACAGAGUUGUAAGGAUUACUGAGACAAUAAGUGUGAAGUGAUAUGAAUGUUAGAUAAAUACCUGAUGUUAUUAUUGAAGCUUAGCUUACAUUUACCUGUUGCCUCACUUUGUCUUCACAGCAGUCUGGCUGGGUGUUCUGGCUUUUUUGAGAAUGAAGAUAAGGCUGGGAGAGUUGGGCACAGACAAAUAGAAUAUAACUAAAGAGAAUGUUCACCUGCCCAAUGGUUUGUCUUCCUAUGGUGAUGCUCUUGCACAGCUUCCAUUUAUUUAAAAGAAGCUUGUGCAGAAGGGGUGUGUGUGUGUGUGUGUGUGUGUGUGUGUGUGUGUGUGUGUAACCACAUGCUCAAGUGCUAGAAAUAUAUUUUCCUCCUCAGGCACCAAAACUGCUUUGACUUAAGUCUUAGACUACCUUUAAAGCACAUCUGCUCCUUCAAAGAAUUCUGGGCACUGUAGUUUGUUAAGGAUUGCUGAGAAUUGUAACUCUGUGAGGGAUAAACUACAGUGCCCAGAAUUAUUUGAGAAAAAUAAUGUGCUUCAAAUGUACCUUAAAUGUGUAGUGUAUACACAGCCUCAGCAGGGUUCUCUAGGCCCCCAAACCAACCUGGCUGUUUUAGCAUACCCCAAAGUGCUCAUAAUGGACAAUUGAACCAAACGGCGAGAGACAGACCCUUUUAGCUUCUGUUGAGCCUUUGCUGGUCAACCUCCACGUCUCCCUCCUGCAUGGAGCUCCUUCACAAUACAUCCAAGCUGCAGGGCAAACACACACACAUGGCGCUCCAUGGCUGACCUGCUUUCCUGACAAACAACAAUUUGUUUUAUGACAGAAGAGGAAAUUGCCGUCAGUUUCACAAGAGCCAGCUCGAGUUUGUUUGAUGUGCUCUGCCCUGCGGGAAUAGGAGAUCUCCCUCUCCCUCUCCCUCUCCCUCUCCCUCUCUCUUUCCCUCCCUUUCCUUCUUCUCUGCUCCCUUUUUUUCUAAUUACUGUUUGAGAAGCAGCUGCAUGGAAGCAGUCCUGGGAGAGGAGGAGCAGUGGCUGAAUAAGGGGAAGCAAGCCAGACUGGCACCCAUGUUCGCUGAGAAGUUUCACUUACAGACCUUAAACUAUUUCCAAGCAGGCAGCAAAAACCGUUGUGGUGGCUCCGGCUGGCAGUGUGUGUGCACAUGCAUGUGUUGAGGAAGAAUUAGAUUUCAAGAACAAGCCUGACUCCAUCAACUGCUUUGUGUGGCAGAUCUGUUCUCUUUAGGGAUGAUCUGCUUCCUCAUUGUUUCGGCUGCUACUGGUUUUUAAGCUUACCAGUUUUGCUGAUGGCCUUUCUUGUCAGUGUUCACAAGAAACACUGCCAGGGAAUAUCCUGCUAUCAGCACUGCCAUCUGAACUCUUAAGUGGGGGAAAUGCUGGCAAUUUGGCAGUUAAAAUGCUCAAGCUGAGCUGAUAAGUUCAAAUUAUUAUGUGUAUUUGGGUAUACAUCUUUUCUUCUUUGGUUUGUUGCUGUGCCUUGUUGGUCCAAAGUCCUCCAAGUCAUAACAUAUGGCCUCUCCUGUUCCUGGGUCCUGUUGUGGGUUUUCCCCAAGCUUCUUCCCCUCAGAUUCUUGAUUCUUUUACCCUGUUUCUCAUAUACCUGCUUUUCAGCCUAUUACCCAACACGGGUUCUUCCUUCACCUGUGAUGUUAUGACAGGAAGCCUUCCACCCACCCACUUUACAUUCAUCUUGCUUGCUUAGAACUACUUUUACUGUCCUCUUUUUUCCCUACAACGUAGAGCUGCUUUUGUCUCUAGGCCCCCACCCCUGCUCUGCACCCACCUUAAAGCCUUCCAGUCACCUAGAUGAAACUGCAAUGUUUGUCAGUGUUCCGUUAAUACAGCUCACCAUUUCCCGCUGGGUAGUUUGGCUGUUCAGGAUCAUUCCAAAACAGCCACUGCAGCCAAUGAUAGGAUGGGAGGCCUCAACAGUGACAUGCAUUCCGGGCUGUUUUAAAUUUAUUUUGAAUAGAUGGGUGGUUAAGGUACAUUGCCUUUUGUUCUAGGCACUGGGAUCCAUUGUCUUCCACUGCUCUUAGCUCAGUGACUCUUUGCUCAAACUCCUUUAGUCAGAGUGGUGCUGUAGACAAGGUAUCAGGUUUAAAUAUAUGAGACCCUGGUUGAAAUCCCCGCUGAGUCAGGAAACCCACUGUACUGCUCAACCAAGUCUAACUCAUAGCAUUUUGGGGAGGAUAAACAUGAGGGAAAGAAGGAUAUCCAGACUUUGAAUUCCAAAGAAACAGGGCAAAGGGUGGAUCUAAAUAAACCAACACAUAUGAUAUAUUUCAUCCCAUUAACAAAGUGGCCAAUCCUGGACGCCUAGAGUUUAAUCUUUUCAAACCCACUAGUUCUUGGCUGUAUACAUACUGUAUUACCAGCUUUAAAACACAGGAUAUUAUUUUCCUCAGUUCAGAUCGAAGCUGGUUUGAGGAGAAAUUCAUCUAAACCCUGUAUUUCAUAAGAAACAACAGGAUGGAUUGUGGCUAAUGUUGCGUCCCAAACUAGCAGUGGGAGCGCAUUGGAUGCAGAGUGUAAAUAGUAUAUACACAGCCUCUAUGCUCUGCUGGAGCAAGUUACUGUGAAAGUAUAUUUCUGCAGUGUAUUGGCAUGAGCUGGAUAGCAGAGGCUGAAAUCUGUGUGUCUGUGUCUUGUGGUUGGAUAAUCUUGCUUCUGCAAUAGGUGGAAUUAGGAACCAGAUUGAAUACAUUUACUUGUGACCUAUAUCUCAGGGUGGAAUUUCAUGUUACACAAGAAACAUGGUGUUCCCAGCCAUGUGUUCUCCUUGUAACCAGAGGUGCUGCUGUCAGAUUUGAAGUGCAGGAGAUCAUAAUGACAGUCGCAAUAGCCAUGCCCCCAAGGAGAUUCAGAUAUACACAUCUACAGUACACAGCAGAGUACCUGUUUUAUUAGGAACAGCUGACAGUGAGCAUGCUGGACUCUGGUUGGGAAAACCUGGGUUCAGAUCUCCUGAUCAGCCAUGCAAUUCACAGGGUGACUUCAGGCCAGUCACUUCCCGAGCCUAACCUAUCUGUCAAAGGGAUCGUGAGCCAGACCAGACCUGUCCUCUACCCCCACCCCAAGCUUACAAUGCUGCCAUAAACCGGCUUCAGCAGAUGUUGUAAUCGCUCCUUGCUAUGAAAAAAGCCCCAGAGCUUUGCUCUCCCGGUCUUCCUGCCCCACUAUAGCACGGCUUCUAACGUAAAGAAGAUGUUUGCAGAGGAGCAGCCGCAAGCCCAUGAGAUGGGAUGCCUAAUGGUUUGCCAGCCCACUGCUUCUGUCCUGCAGAUUUUCUCCUGCUUGGUCAGUUUCUCUUUGAUGCAUCAUCAGUGGUAGUAGCAGGGGACAGGUGAGAACAGGGUGAUGCUGAAGAGGAUAUGAUGCUGGUGUGGUGUGGGAAAGCUGUUUAAGUCAGAGGGAGGACUUAGAGACCAUCCACAAAGUAUUUUUUUUUUUAAAAAAGGAAUCAAUGCAUUAAUGUACUCUUCUGCUGGCAUACACUCAUUUCGUUUCGGAGGAAAAGCUACCUCUCCUUCCUUUUGGAGAAGCAGUAGUGUUACUGUGGGUGCAUGGUUUGGGGGGCAGAUGUCCAGGGUGCCACUUAUCAGAAUGAGCUGGAGGGUCCUAAAAAUGCAGCAGGGCUGUCUAGCCACAUUUGGAAGUAAGUACAUAGCCAUUAGGGAUGCAGGUGGCGCUGUGGGUUAAACCACAGAGCCUAGGACUUGCCGAUCAGAAGGUCGGCGGUUUGAAUCCCCACGACGGGGUGAGCUCCCGUUGCUCGGUCCUUUCUCCUGCCAACCUAGCAGUUCGAAAGCACAUCAAAGUGCAAGUAGAUAAAUAGGGACCGCUCUCCGGCGGGAAGGUAAACGCCGUUUCUGUGUGCUGCUCUGGUUCGCCAGAAGCGGCUUAGUCAUGCUGGCCACAUGACCCGGAAGCUGUAUGCCGGCUCCCUCGGCCAAUAAAGUGAGAUGAGCGCCGCAACCCCAGAGUCGGUUACAACUGGACCUAAUGGUCAGGGGUCCCUUUACCUUUACCUUUACCUAGCCAUUUAAAGAGGAGAGAGGUCUUCAGACCAUUAAGUCCAGAAUCUAACUGUACCACUGCACCACCACCAGUAGCAGCAAAAGUACAGAUCAUUUUCUGCUAAGAGUUGUAUCCCUUUCAGGGUACAUGUAAAAGGGGUGCGGGAGAGAAACUGAGAGAUUUUUAACAGAGAAAUACUGGAACGGGAAGCACUGAAAAGCCACUCCCUCAUCCAGUUUUCCUAUCCAUAUUACAGUCUCCACAGCUACACUUUGAAAAAGCCGUAAAUGUCAUGGAAAACUGUAUGUGAGCAUUAGUAAGCAUUUUUUUGCUAUAAAGUAGCUGAAUUUAUGGAAUUCACGCUUUCCAAAACAAUAGUGUAAACCAAGUACAGCUAUCCUUUCAAAUUUGCACUUAUUACAAUAUUGCAAUGCAGUUCUUUAACCACUGUUUACAAAAAAUGCAUAUAUUACGGGAGAGUUUACUAUCUAGAUAAAAAUCUAGAUAGCCUGGUUAAUUGAUUGAUUGAUUGUAUUUAUAUACAGUGGUGCCUCGCAAGACGAAAAGAAUCCGUUCUGCGAGUCUCUUCGUCUUGCGGGUUUUUUCGUCUUACAAAGCAAGCCCAUUAGCGGUUUAGCGGAUUAGCGCUACAGUAUUAGCGGCUUAGCGGGCUUAGCGGAUCAGCUGAUAAGCGGCUUAGCGAUCAGCUGUUAAGCGGCUUUAAGAUCACCUGAUAAGCGGCUUAACGAUCAGCUGAUAAGCGGCUUAGCGAUCAGCUGUUAAGCGGCUUAGCCGAUCAGCUGAUAAGCGGUUUAGCGGCUUGGGAAAAAGGGGGGGGGAGGAAAAAACCCCGCAGGAACUCGCAAGACAUUUUCGUCUUGCGAAGCAAGCACAUAGGAAAUUCGUUUUGCGAAGCACCUCCAAAACGGAAAAGCCUUUCGUCUAGCGGGUUUUCCGUCUUGCGAGGCAUUCGUCUUGCGGGGCACCACUGUACCACCCUGUACCUGAAGGUCUCAGCGUGGUUCAAAGGGCAGUUAAAAUAGCGUACAAAAAUGCAUUAUAUUAGGAGAAAUUGCUUGCAAAAAUUCACACGUCAGUCAAAACUUCAUAUAAAAAUGUGUUUCUUAGGAUAAAUUUGCAGUAAAAUGCAGAAUGUCUGCCACUUUGGAUGCAAAGUAGUAGACACAAAAGCCAUUUCCCCAUUUAUUCCCCAGAAAAUGCAACACAGAGAGGAAUGGAUGGCACAUCUGUGUAACCUGCUUGGCAUUGUGCCCUUCACUCUACCCUCCUCCUCCUCCUCCUCCUCCUCCUCCUCCUCCUCCUCCUCCUUCUUCUUCUCCUCCUCCUCCUCCUCCUCCUCCUCCUCCUCCUCCUCCUCUUCACAUUUCUAUACUGUCCUCCAUCUGAAGUUCACAGGGCAGUUCACAAUAUAAAAACACAAAAAUAUAUAGCAUGAUAAAAAACAAAAACAAUAACUCCACCAGCACACACACACACACAGUUUAAAAGGCUAUACUGUAGAUUGUUUAAUAAGCCAAAGGUCUGGGAGAAAUGUUUUUGCCUGAUGUCUCAAGAUAUGUAAUGAAGGUACCAGGUGAGCCUCCCCGGGGAGAACAAGUGGGGAGCCACUGCAGAAAAGUCCCGUUCUUGUGUUGCCACCCUCCAGACCUCUUGUGGACGAGGCACACAAACAAGGGUCUCAGAUGAUGAUUGCAGAGUCCAGGUUGGUACAUAUGUUGAAACCUUGAGGUAUUGUGGUCCUGAGCUGUUUAAGGCUUUUUAGGUGAAAACCAGGAAUUUGAAUUGGGCUAGAAAACUAACUGGCAGCCAGUGCAAUCAGGCUAGAAUUGGCGUUAUACGUUCAAACUGUCUUGCCCUGGUGAGCAACCUGGCUGCUGAAUUCUGCACCAACUUCCGAACCAACUUCGGAGGCAGUUGUUUUUCUAAAGCAAGACCAGGCAUCAGGUUCCCCCACCCCACCCCAUGCAAAUAAGAGACCAAUGAGGCUGGUUUUGGGGUCAAAACAUGCCACAAUGGUAUUGAAUACAGAUGAAAGAGGUUUGGCUUGGGCAUGGGGCAAUCAAAAUACUUCCAGCCGGUCCGCCGGAAGUGAUGCAUGGUCAACCCAGAUGGGGGUUCCCAAGACUUACAUAAAAUAGGGUGACCCCCGCAGGGACCACCAUCUGGGGGUGCGCCUUCGGCCCUGGCCCCUCCUGGGUACAUGGACACGGCCACUCCCCCCUCCCCAGAUACCUUUAACAGGAUACCCCAGCGUUUGGAGGGGCAGGCAGAGACUACAACCUCCCCUCCAUCCAAAAAAAGAGGAUUGCCCCAAUGCUUAACCAGUUGUGACAAUUGCUAUGAUGUAGGCAAAACCACUGGGUCAGUGCCAAUUUAGCCUGGCAGGCAAAUUCCUACCCAGCCCCUUAAAGAACGGCAACCACCGUAGCCGCAGCAAAGUCAUUGACUAUAAGUUUAAACCGAGGGUGGGUGAGCAGGGGGAAAAACCUGGUGAAGGAACAAACAGAUAGUGCCCCAAGUGUGGGCUGCUUAAAUGGCCAAGGGGCGGAUCCGAGGGAAGCCUACCUGCUCCGCCGGCUCUGCCCCCUGGCACAGCCCAAGUCUCCAGCCUGCACCCCCAUUAGCCAAAGCUGGGUGCAGGCCAGGAUCCAGUUCCUAUCAGGAAGGGCACCACUGUUCCAGUUACCUUGUCAGGGCCCUGGUGAAGCCUUUGCCAUCCUGCAACACCGCAGCACCAAAAGGGGUGAGCGGACGUGCAGUAAUCUAACCUACAGGUUACCAGAGCUUAGACAACAGAAGUUAGGCUAUCCCUGUCCAGAUAGUGAUCAAUUAACCAUCAAUUAACCAUCAAUUAAAGCACUGGCUGAUUUAUUUGCUGAUUAAGUUUAUUAAAGUUUAUUAAUAAAGUGUAUUAAGUUUAUUAAUGCCUUUUGUCAAGGGUUAAUGGCUCUACUUCACCUUUGCACACUGUGUGGCAGUGCAGAAGGGCCAAAUGGAAGCAUCUCUCAGUUUCUACACUGUAUUUUGUGAUGUAGCCUUUGUGCCUUGCUGAGUGAAGCAUACAGGGCUAUGUAGGAUCACUGAAACGGGUCCUUUGUUUGGAGAGAUAAAUUGCUAUGGCAACAAAACCCUUUGCAGAACCAUCUCAUUCUGGAAUCCCUUUGACCUUGACCUGAACUCAUUGCCAUUUUUGCUCUGUCACACAAGCGUGCCCUGCUCCAAAAGGAACAAGGCAUGAGCAAACCAGCUCGUCUCCGCAGCCAUCUCUUUUACACCGCUCCACCCUGUUUUGUGGGUGAGGAACUCCAUAAAUGAGUGAUUUAUAGAUGGGCUUGGCUUAACUAAAAUAUACACACAUACAAGCAAAAAGCAAUUAAUUGAGCCCUGCUUGGUAUCUAACAGCUAGACACCCAUAUUUGAGCUAGUAGUGGUGGCCUUACCGUUGAAUUUCAGUCAGCAAGCUGUGCAUUUUCCACACUAAAAUAAUUACAUUUCUGAAUCCAGGUGAUCUAAGUCUAGUACCAAGGAAAGCUAAGCUCGGCUAUCUUUCAGAGAUGGGCAUAAUUUCUUGUAUUUUAUUUACUAAUUUAUAGCAGAUAUUUACAAACCGAAGACUCAUUAUCAAGGCAGUGUGCAGCAAUGUAUACAAAUAGAAUGAGACAUGAAAAUGUCAUCGAAAUAAUCAUUAAAAUGGCCACCUUUUCUUGCAGGGGCAGGUGGAAUUACACAACUGAAUAGGCCUAUGGCACAACGUAAAAAGCUCUUCAAGAGACAAAUGAAAGUUAGCUGCAAGCAGUGCUUUUUUUCUGGAGGGACGCAGGGGUACGCAUACCCCUAAAUAUUUUGUGAAUCUCAGUUUGGCCUAAUUGAGAGGCAGUAUUUCAAUAUGAGUAGGAAAAUGAGAGUACUCCUAAACAUUUUUUUAGAAAAAAAGCACGGGCCGCUAGGAUAUAUGCCAAAUCUGAUGGAAGAGAAUUCCACAGGAUCUGACCAGCAACAUUAAGUCUACUUCUAGUUAAGGCCUGCCAGAUCUCUGUCACGCAGGGGACAACUAACAGCACUCCUCUGGAUAACCUAAACAGUGAUAUGGGUAAGCCAAAGUUGUUCAGAGCUUUGCAUAUUAAUACAAGAACCUUGAAACUGGCCAGGUAGCUUAUAGGCAGCUGGUGCUGAAGUUUUGGCAGAACUUUCACAUGCUGUCGGCCGUCUACAUACUUUAUUCAACAACUUAAACUAUUUUGCAUAAGUAAUUCUCCAUUUAAUAGUCAUGGUGGCAAGGAUCAAAGAGCUAUGUAGGACACUGAAGCUCCACCCCCAACCACACCUCUGAGCUCAAUUUCAAUCAUUUAUUUGCAGCCAUAAGGCCUAGAAACUUGCUUUUAAUUGUUUUCAAACCAAAAUGGAGAUGGCUAGAAAGUAGAAUUCUGCACUCAGUGCCACAAGUUCGUCUGUACACCUUCAGAAUUGUGACAUACACAGAGCUCUGAUUAAUCCACCUAUCACUACCACCAAAGGGAAAGCUAUGAUCCACCCAUCAGCUCCUCACAGACCAGGGAAAGGUAAUCUGUGGGCCUACAGAUAUAGCUGGAUUCCCAUCAGCCCCAGGCAGCAGAGAUUAGGGAUGAUGGGUGAUGUGGUCAACAACAUCUGGAGGGUUACAGGUUACCCACCCCUGCCACAGACCAACCACAACAUAUGCCAAAAGUGGAGCAGCAGAUCUGACUCUUCCCUUUGUUUGGAAGGCUGCAUUCCAGCUUACUGUGAAGUCUGCCCACCUUCCAGGCAUGUAAGAGACAUUAUCACAGUUCAAUAAUACUUUCCAGUCUGGCACAAGCUCUUGAACAGGGUUUGGAGCAGGCCUAGUGAGGGGUGUGGCCUAAGAAGAGGGGGUGUGGCCUGAGGAGGAUGUGUGAUUCCUGGAGAAUCCCAAGGACCAAAUAGAGCCACAUUCACCCACUGGCCCAAAGUUCCCCCCUCCUGGUUUAAACCCUCCAUGCCAUCAGGAGCCGACGCAGCUGCUGUUCACUUUUAAGAAACAUUCAGGCAAUUACAAAUUGUGUGAAUCACUUCAUGUAUGAUUUGUCAGCUCAGUUUUGGCCUGGGGUCCACUCACGGUAAAGAGACCAGCCAAGUCUGCAAGGGGAAAUAAUAUGGAAAAGAUUCUUGCACUCUCCCAAUCAAUCUAGAAAAUGGAACCGUCUGGAACUUCCUGCCUCUGGCCAGACAGACACCUGUGUGAGGGUGUGGGCCUGGGCUUACUAGCUCCUAACUGGCCAGGUUUAAUGGACUACUGUUCACUGGGCUGGAAACUGAAGAGAGAUGGAGGCAAGGGUUAUUAUUUUUUAAUCAAAACCACAUGCAGGUUUAAACACUUUUAAAAUCCAGAUAUUAAUCUACAGUGAUUGUUUCACAAUUUCCCGUGAUUCAUGAAGCCCUGCUAUUUCUCUCAUCAGAUGUGUGGAGUUGCGGGAAAUGUUUUUGAAAGAGCACCUGCGAUUCCUGACACCAUCCUUCAGCUAAUGUUAAUUAGCUAGGAGAAGAGUUGAAGUAUUGCCAGAAGCUCCGGGUCUUGCCUAGCUUGUAUUAAGAAAGGCUCAGAGAGCUGUGCUGAGAUCUAGCAGCAUGAUCAAUGGUCAGGAAUUGUGGGAGCUGUAGUUCAAAGGGCCACAGAUUCCCCGUUCCUGGGCUACAGCAUUGCAAGAAGCUCUCCGCUUUGUAGCUCAGCUGUUGCAAAGGCUAUCUGAAUGUCUGCCUCUAAGGUCAGAGUCAGUAUCCUUCAGAAUGCCAAUUGCUGGAAACUGCUUUUGUGCUCAGAUCCUGCUUGCCCAGAUUCAUCUGGUUGGCCUCAGUGAAAACAGGAUGCUUGACUAGGUGGGCCGUUGGCCUGAUUCUGAUGUUCUUAUGAAUCAUCAGUAGCAGUGUUUUGGCAGGGCUGCCCCAAGACAUUUUGCUGCCUGAGGCAAAGGACAAGAUGGUGCCUCUCCCAUUCCACACCUAAAGACGACCAGUCAGGCAGCUGAAUACUAGCAAUCAAAGAAACUGUGUCCCCUGCAAGCUAGAUUGGGGACACAGAGCAGGCUGCAUGGUGCACCCUGCUUACUGGGCAGCUGCCUCACCUUCCUUAAUGGCAGAGCCGGUCCUGUGUUUAAGCAACCUCAGUUAACACAGCAACCAUUUCAGUUUUUUAGAAAAGUAAGUGGAGCAGAAGAAAGCUAGAUGAUAGAAAGCAGGAACCAAGGGUGACAGAGAAGUAGAUCUGGAUUUAUAAACUGGUGAUUUAACGAUUUGGCAGAUUUUCCUUUUGCAGCACUGUUACCUAGUGAACGGAAAAAAGAGGGCGGGGGGGGGGAGGGAAGAGAGAACAAAUUACAGAUCCCUGGGAGGAAGGAAGCAAAGUCUUAAGGCAGCGGAGGAGGAGGAGGAAGAAGGGAUUUGAGGUAGGGGUGGGAGAUACAGACGCGAGUCUAUGUGUCUGAGCCACAGAGAUGCUUUUGAGCCACCUGGAAGGGCGGCUUCUGAACUGCAGACAUCAAAAACCCACCGACGGACGCGCUGUCUCCGGGACCGAAAGCCUUAGCCGGGUGCUGAGUGUAGGUCUUUCCUGCUGUCAGGCAAAAAAGCUUGCGGGGGGAGGGAGUUUGGCUAUUUUAUUUUAUUUUAAAACAAGGCCUGCAGAGAUCAAGGAAAAUAAGGAAGUGAGUGGACCAGAAAGUCCAGGCCUCACAUGGCAUUUCUUUAAACAUGCUAUGAAAAUUAGAUGAAAAACUUACUCAGAGGAGAUGGGGGAGGCAAGGUGGAGUCAGAAUCAAAGUAGGGAUUUGUUUCAAGCUAGUGGUGGUGAUUUUCCUAGCUGAGGAACAAUUUUUGUUGUAAGAAAAGUGAACUGUCCCUGAUAGCAGAUACCCUGACACAACCCCCCCAAAAAAAGAGAAAGGAAAGACCUCUUCACUUUUUUCUGGCCUGUUCUGACCUACAGAAAAGUUAUUUUUUGUUUCUUUAUAGAAUCAUAACAUGGAUGUAUUUAUUUAAGUGACUUCUGGGGGUGUACGCAACACCACUUUAAGGUGGAUUUGUUUCGUCUUCACGUGAGCAUGUUUUUUCACUGCAUCCGCACAACAUCCUCCAAGUGGCAGCCCACAUUUUAUUCCCAUUUAAUUCUGAUUCGCCCAGUCUACAGAUAACACAGUAUGGGGGGGAAUGUGACCUAAAAUCACACAUUACCUAGGUAUGGAUGCACUAGAGCGCAUUGGGUACGGGGGCUAUUUUCCCCCAAUGUGCUUGGUGGCGCUUUCCUGGGCGCUGUCCAUCGCAACACACCCUACUUCCAUUUGCUCAUCACCUGAAUGCAAACUAACAAUUUUGUUACCCAUAGGGAAAGAUACAGAUUGCCUAUUUCCACCAGUGGUUGCUGAAGGCGCAUUUGUAUGGUUUUUGUAAUUUUUUAAAACAGCUGUUUAGUGUGGAACUUCUGUUGCACACAAUGGCUGUAUUAAAAAUAAAUAUUAAAUAGGCCAAAGCAGGUAUGGGGGUAGUGGGGAGAGCAAAAGAAGACAAACUGUCUCCACACCCCUCUCCUCCAAAUUGCUCUCCCCAUCCUGCCUUGGCCAUGUGCGCUUGUGUGUGCGCAUUUGAAAUGUACUGUUUAGGUCCUUCUCCAAAAACACUGUGGCUUUCUGUGUUGGGCGGAUGCGUGGAGAUCAGAGGAGCCUGUGUCUCCACCUACCCAGCUGUUCUUUGCUCUGGCAAGGCACUCCUUUGUGGGCUGCUACCUGUUUAGCUGAUGGGGCCAAGCACAACGCACAAAUAUGUUUUCGGUUUUGAAACUGCUGUUUUGCGCAAAUUUGGUUUUAAAAAAUCUAUUGCAAAAAGUAAAAACUGGCCAUUUUGCCCACUGUGAAACACGCUUGAAGCUUGGGCUUUGGUAAAGUUUCAUUAUUGUACUAAUGCAUUGAUUUUUUUUUUUAAAGGUGUAUGUGGAUAGGUAGACACCUGGGCACAAUGGAUCUCAGGUGUCUGGAAUGUCAGACGGAUGGGGAAGUAUUAAUGGAGGAGACAACGCCACACAGUGCAAAUACAUUCCAUCAAGCACUGCUUGCUGGCAUAGACAGGAAACAUUGAGAUAGUUUUAAACUGAAAGCACUUUCAGUUGGUUAAAGCAUGAGGCUGAUAAUGCCAAGUUUGCAGGUUUAAUCCCCAUAUGGCUCAGCUGCAUAUUCCUUCAUUGAAGGGAGUUGGACUAGAUGAUCCUCUGGGUCCCUUCCAACUCUACAAUUUUAUGAUUCUAUGUGUGGACUGGGCCUGUAAAACCCACUUGCACACAGUCUCUAUUUACUCAUACACACCCAGGUUAUAAAUAACUGGACAUGAACCCCACAUAAAACAGAAGCAGCAGGAGAAAACAACACCAGGUUUAAAACUGUAUAGAAAGUCAGCAUUUAAAAAGCUUUGGCAAGUACAGUGGUACCUCUGGUUACGUACUUAAUUCGUUCCGGAGGUCCGUUCUUAACCUGAAACUGUUUUUAACCUGAGGUACCACUUUAGCUAAUGGGGCCUCUCGCUGCCACCACGCGAUUUCUGUUCUCAUCCUGAAUCAAAGUUCUUAACCCAAGGUACUAUUUCUGGGUUAGCGGAGUCUGUAACCUGAAGCGUAUGUAACCUGAAGCGUAUGUAACCCGAGGUACCACUGUAAUAAGCCCUUACCUUGGUAUGAAAAAGACUCCAGCACCCUUGGGUAGGACCCAGUGGUACUAACACCUGCCCUGGUAUCUGGGUCUGUAGGCCGCCAUUUUAAUUCCCCAUAAUACUGCUGAUAACAGGGCAUUGUGUGAAACUCAAGUGGCCAACAGCUGCUCUCACCAUCGCUGCCAAGUAAACCCACCCACUUAAGAAGGGGACUGCUAAAGGGCAUUUAUGCCUAGGGUUCCCUCAGCCAGUGGAGCCCUCCAUAAUCCCCUGUCUUCAUGGAAGGCAUUUCAGAAUUGGGAUACCACAACUGGAAAAGCCCUGUUUUAUAGGCGGUGGUGGUGGGGACCCAAAGAAGGACUUGUGAGAAUCAUUUUAGUGUCCCAGCAGAUUCAUGUGAGAGAAGGCGGUCUUUAAGGUCCUAUAACUAGAAGAGCAUAAAUUGAUGUUGUUGUUAAUUUCAGUUUGUUUUAAUUUCAGUUUACAGUGGUACCUCGGGUUACAUACGCUUCAGGUUACAGACUCCGCUAACCCAGAAAUAGUGCUUCAGGUUAAGAACUUUGCUUCAGGAUAAGAACAGAAAUCGUGCUCCGGUGGCGCGGCGGCAGCAGGAGGCCCCAUUAGCUAAAGUGGUGCUUCAGGUUAAGAACAGUUUCAGGUUAAGAAUGGACCCUGCGGAACGAAUUAAGUACUUAAUCCAAGGUACCACUGUAUUGCCUGCCCUUCACCCCAAGAUCCCAUGGCAGCUUACAACAAUUUGAAACCAUCUGACCACCAGCACCCAUCUACCAGCCAGCCAAAUCACCUGGAGUCACCUCCAAGCAUGCGUUCCAGGGACAAAUGAAAUAAUUAAAUCUUUCAUGUGUAGAUUCCCCACCCCCCACCCAUAAGUAACUACAGAUAGCCCUCACAGAUAGUGCAUUAGGGGAAAGGGCUUCAAGGACAGUCAGUUGGCUUCUGAUGUGAUGUGCAGAUGUGAGCCCUGGCAUCACUCUUCCUUAAUAAAUUAAGAACUGCUCUGCCCAGAUCUGCCCAUGCAAUCCAGGCCACUCUGUGCCACAAGCAGAGAGAGCAGGUGCUCUGUAAGAAAAGUGCCUGCAGAACAGAAUAGCUCCAGGUGACUCAGGAAAGUGAGUGAACCAAAUCACGCACUUCAUGAAUCAGGUAGGAAACAUUCGAGUGUUAUGAAGUGAUAUUAUACUGCAUCGCACCACUGGUUUUCCUAGUCCAAAACUGUCUACUCUUGACGGGUAGCAGUUGAGUCUCUUCAAGAUCUACGCCUUUAAACUGGGUAUGCCAGGAACAAAACUGGAGACGACUUUGGUUAUGCAUAGUUUGCGCCGUGUCACUCGGCUGUGGUCCCAUUUGCCUGACUAAUCGGAUGAGGAGGAAAUUCCCUCCCAAAUUUAGACACCACGCAAACUCUGAGGUACAAAUUGCACCAGGUUAUCCUAAAAGAAUAUUUGCUAUGGGCUGUUUCCAAGUGCAUGCCACCCUGAAUACUAUCUCUAACGAUGGCAUUCCCUCCUAUAGCCUAGAGAGAGGGGAAGCCCAUAAAGUCUUAUGUGAUGUACCCUUUCUGAACACAAUUCUCUGUUCUGCUCCCAUGUUAAUAAGAGGGAAGUGAAAGCUGUUGUGAGGAUUUUCCACUUUGGGUGUCAAAAUAACUUGGACCAGCCUUGGUUAUGGGCCAAACGGUACAUUAUACACAGAUUAUAUAACUAUAGACCCAGUAGGUCUUUUUCAGAUUGUAAAUUUGCUUUUUAAUAGACAACUGAGAAUGUGGAAGUAAUUGGGAUGGGUGGGUGCCCUUACUCCUUUUCCCACAUGCCACUAUGCUGUUGCAAAUAACCCCAUGGCAGUUUUCCUCAUGUGGCGUUUUUGAGACAAAGAAUAAUUGGGUCAACAUUUACUUACUUGCUUGCUUGUUUAUUUAUUUAUAAAAGCUUACAUACUACUUGGAACAAUAAAAAAAUACAUACAAUAAAACCAAAUCCACUAAAUACAUUAAACAGCUACCAAACAUACCAGCCUCAUAAAUAAUAAUCCAGAAUCAACAAAAAUAGCAACUCAUAAAACUCUCGAAGCCAGAUGAAGAAAAUGGGAAUCACUUUAACAUAUCUGCAAUGAUAACAUUUCUUUAGCUGUAGUUAGAGGAUAUCCCCCUGGGAUAUGUCCCAGGGGCCAGGGGCCUAUUCCUAUAAUCUUUUGGACCAGGCCCCAGAUCUGCCCUUUCCCCGCUUUUAAAACUAAACAACAACAACAACUUUGCCUAUAGGGUGAAUGGUCAUACUACAAAGUGCAGUGCUGGUGAAACCCCAGCUAGCCACCAUUUUAAUUAAUUCUCCCAGAGGCACUUGUUUUAGUUUUAUUAUGUACAUAAGCAAAUGUAAAGUGAGAUCUCAGCUCUCUCAGAGGCUUAGUGAGGGCAGCAGGCCAGGCAGAGUGGCAUCAUUAUUUCUUCGCCACAGCCUCACUCGGGAAAACACACAAAAUAUCUGAAUACUGUUGAUGGAGAACAGAACUGGAGAAGGGAAGCUAGACUGCAGCAGCCAGAAGAAUUGUUGCACAGUAGUUUCUGAGCAGGGGCAGUCUAUUUGAGCAGUGAGAACAUGGAAUUACAGCCAAUUCAAGAGCCACCACCAAUUUUAACCUGCUCUUGGGCAGUGCGGGUCCCGUGGCGAAAAGGAGCAUAAAAGAGGGAGCUGUCUCUGAGCAUAAGAAUUUCUAGUUGUCGCAACUGCUCACAGCCUCCUGUGUGCAUUCUCUUAGGAAUGCUUUCAACAUUUCCGUCAGGUAGGCCACUGUCAUUCGAGCAUUCACAGGCAAAACUGAACACACAGCAACAGAAAUCCUCCCCACCCCCAUGCUGCUCCCUGAAAAGCUGGCUCUUAAUUUAAAACUCGUAUUUCAGAUUUUGAAAAUCCAACUUUUGGAUGCACAAAGUGGGGUUUCCCCAGCUAAUUCUGCAAAAUGUCAGGCCUCUUUCCAAAAUCUAUUUAGCCUCUAGUGCAAAUCUAGGAUCUUUCAUCUCUCUAAAAUCUCUCUCUCCCCCCGCCCCCCCACUCUACCCUCUUCCUCCCGAAUCCAUCCUCCUCAUCGGGCUAUCUUCCUUUCCACCCCACCGCCCUUUCCCUCUUUGUCGCCAUCCAACAAGCGGAACUCUCUUCCUAAGUGCAUGGAAAGGAUUGGCGGCAACUGCCUCUCUCCUUGUAAUUUAUGCAAAUGGCCUCUAUAAUUAGCAGUAAUUUCAAGGCACAGCUUGGUGCUUCAGACGCUCCUCAGCGAGGAAAUGCCCCAACGGUAAUUCUACGGCAUUAACUUUAUUUACUCCACCUGUGUGGUCUCGGCACUAGCUAGGCCUGUGAGCAAAGAUAUGAUACCGGUUCUCUUCCGGGAGAUGAUCCUGAGCUGGGGGCAAGCCCCUACCUGUCCCCAGGGAACCAUGGCCUUGGGAAAGGGGGGGGGGUACUGCAGGCAGAUGCUCCUGAUAAAAAGUUCCAUGAGUUUCACACUAGGGCCUCAGGGUGAAAAAAUAAUAUUUGGGAUGGGAUCUGUAGAUUUACGGGAUAAAGCGUCAUCCUCACUCCCCCCACCCUGAAAGAUGCUUCCUGUGGAACCUACUUUUCAAUCUGUAGCUAUUUAAUAUUGAUCAUACUCUCAGGGAUUGAUCCUGUAUACUCGCUUUAUCCUUGGCCAUUGGACAUGCUGGCUGGGGCUAAUACAGGAUUGCUAUACGUCUGGGAAUUCCUGGACAGAUCUGGAAUACAGCAGUCGGCAGCAACGUCCGGGCGAAAAUCCGUUUUAGGAAAUGUCCAGGAAAAUCCAAACAUAUGGUAGCCCACUCAUGUCGGCAGUGCCAUUUAUGACGAUUUAACUUAAAAAUAGCUCAAAAACGGCAUUUUUUUGCAAUUUUUUUCCCAAAGAAGCUCAACAACUUUGGGCAGAACUAAAAAAAAAAAGAGCUAAACAAUUUUGGCCAAAAAAACCUCAACAAUUUUCACUGUUUGAAAUAUGGCAACCCCAGCAGCUGGUGACUGGUCCAUUGGAUUUAGGAAGUGUAGAAGUUUUCAAGUGACUUCUAUUGAAUCAAGACCAUGGAUAAGCAUAAUAGAUGUCUCGUGGAUAAUAAUGGCAUUGAAAUUAAUUGGGCGGGCAGGGGAAGUUUAAUUCCAAAAGUAAAAAAAUGGUGCACAAGUUUAUAAUUCUAGCUCUGAAUUCUGAAGUUUUGACUGGUUUUGAAUUGGUGCAAUAUUUUGUUUCAACUGCACAUAUGUAAUCCAAACCUCAAAUGAAAGCAAGAGCCAUAUAUAUUUGCAACAACAAGGCAGUCCAUUAACAUAACAGCCGCCAUCUGUGGAAGCACUAAUGGCCCUCAAUCAAAUGGAGAGUAUCCUCACAUUCACUGUGCAAAGCAAGAGAGAGAGACACUGGGUACACACUCCUGUUUACUCUGCACCCAGUCUUCUCCCAUGGCUGGUUUGGGAAGUGGCGUACAGUGGUACCUCGGGUUAAGAACUUAAUUCGUUCUGGAGGUCCAUUCUUAACCUGAAACUGUUCUUAACCUGAAGCACCACUUUAGCUAAUGGGGCCUCCUGCUGCCGCUGCGCCGCUGGAGCACGAUUUCUGUUCUCAUCCUGAAGCAAAGUUCUUAACCCGAGGUACUAUUUCUGGGUUAGUGGAGUCUGUAACCUGAAGCAUCUGUAACCUGAAGCAUAUGUAACCUGAGGUACCACUGUACCCAUGUUGAAAACCUCAGUCCAUAUAUGUCCUGUCACUUAUUAUGAAAUACUGUAUUUUAAUGUGUUUUUCCUCAAAUGGGCUUUGAACCAAACUGAGAAAAGAGCAGCCUGUAAUGCGUACACAGCCACAGACUCCCAUCAAGUGCAGCUGUUUUUUCAGCACCAGUUCUUAAAAUCUCUGGCUGUACUCGGCUUAAAGAAUGUAAAUCUGCAGCCUAAAGAGUUCAUCAGGUUAUAUCCACACCAUAUCUUCAAAACACUCUUAUACCACUUCAACAGUUGUAGUGAAUCCUGGGAACUGCCCCAUGAUCCUUUGGGGGAUGUCAUAAAGUGCUUCCAUGUAUGGUAUGAACGUGACCUCAAUCUCAGUGUGGUGCAGUUGUGCUUCAAGACCCAGGGAGACCCAGAUGAGUUAUGAAGCUUACUGUCUGACCAUUUUGAACACAAACCUGCAGCACAAGAUGAUUGUGAGGAUAAAAUGUUGUCUGUAUGUGUAAGAACCAUGUAUGCGACUUUGGAUGAAAGGUGUGGUAAAAAUGCAAUACAUAUAAAUAAUAAUAUUUUCUUGUGUGCACUUAUAAGCACUGGAAUGCUACAGCCCGAAAGGACAGAAUGCACUCUUUGUGAGUGGUUCUCCAAUGCGAAGGACAAACCUAGCCAAGGUGGGGUUUUGGUGCAGUUUUGUAUCCAGCUAGGGUGCUUCUAUGCAGAGGUUUAUUAAAAAAUCAGUGCAGCUCAUGUACAUCUGCUUAAAUUCCACUGCAGGGGGAACCAGGAACUCUGGAAUUUCAGCAGGCUGCAUUCAGAAUACAGUGGUACCUCGGGUUAAGUACUUAAUUCGUUCCAGAGGUCCGUUCUUAACUUGAAACUGUUCUUAACCUGAAGCACCACUUUAGCUAAUGGGGCCUCCCGCUGCCACCGCACCGCCGUAGCACAAUUUCUGUUCUCAUCCUGAAGCAAAGUUCUUAACCUGAGGUACUAUUUCUGGGUUAGCGGAGUCUGUAACCUGAAGCGUAUGUAACCUGAAGCGUAUGUAACCCGAGGUACCACUGUACUGUUUUGCAGUCCUUGUAUUACUAUUUUCAACCUGAUCUUCAUAAUCACCCUCUGGAAUAGGUCACUAUUAGUCCCAUUUCGUUGAUGGUCAGCUGAAUCCUGGAGGGAGUGACUUGCCCAAGGCCACCCAGACAGCACCUCAGUCACUUCCAACUUUACAAUUCUAUGAUUCCUAACUGAGGCAUGACUUUUAAGUUAGAGUUUCUGAUGUCUGAGUCCCAAUGCUUUGGAUCUAGGAAGUGGUUGAGGACAAUCUCUGCUCAACACUGCAUCUUUGAAGAUGGGAGAGAAGCUGGUUUUGCAUCAUGCUCUCUAGACGGUAGAUUGUGGAAAGCUGGAUAUUUGGCUGGUGGAAUACUGAUGAAAUUCGCUUUUCUGAACACCUUCAGCAAGCUAAAUCUCAGCAGAGCGGGCUCAGUGGAACAGGGGCACAGCUUGGCAGCAGAUUACGUGGCUUUGCAUGCAGAGGGUCCCAGUUUCACUCCUGUUGUGUGCAGGGAAGAGUUGUCCUGCCUGAAAAACAUCAGAAUACUGCUGCCAGUUGUCUUUGUCCAUGGAGUUUUCUUGGCAGGGAUACUGGAGUGGCUUGCUGGUUCCUGCUCCAGGUAGUGAGAGAUUUUACUUUCUUGGCUCCAUGAUCACUACAGAUGGUGACAGCAGUCACGAAAUUAAAAGACGCCUGCUUCUUAGGAGAAAAGCGAUGACAAACCUAGACAGCAUCUUAAAAAGCAGAGACAUCACCUUGCCAACAAAGGUCCAUAUAGUUAAAGCUAUGGUUUUCCCAGUAGUGAUGACUGGACGAUAAAGAAGGCUGAUCGCCAAAGAAUUGAUGCUUUUGAAUUAUGGUGCUGGAGGAGACUCUUGAGAGUCCCAUGAAGAUCAAACCUAUCCAUUCUUAAGGAAAUCAGCCCUGAGUGCUCACUGGUAGGACAGAUUGUGAAGCUGAGACUCCAGUACUUUGGCCACCUCAUGAGAAGAGAAGACUCCCUGGAAAAGAAUCUGAUGCUGGGAAAGAUGGAGGGCACAAGGAGAAGGGGACGACAAAGGACGAGAUGGUUGGACAGUGUUCCCGAAGCUACCAGCAUGAGUUUGACCAAACUGCGGGAGGCAAUGGAAGACAGGAGGGCCUGGCGUGCUGUGGUCCAUGGGGUCAGGAAGAGUCAGACGCGACUAAACGACUAAACAACAACACUGCUGCCAGUCAGUGCAGACCUGGGGUGGAGAACCCAUAGCCCUCCAGAAAUUGCUGGACUACAGUUCCCAUCAUCCUUGGCCACUGGACAUACUGGCUAGAGCUGAGGGGAGCUGGAUUCCAACAACAUCUGGAGGAUGCGGGCUCACUAUCCCUGGUGUAGACAAUACUGAACUGGUUCGUCGAAUGGUCUGACUCAAUAUAAGGCAACUUUCUCUGUUCCUGUUUAAUCCAUUGAAAGUUGGGCCCUUCAGGCAACCAAAGACCAGUUGGAUGUGUGCGUGUAGCUCUUGUGCUGACAGUCCAACUUCCCCAAUUAAAGGAAAAACCGGUUGUACUCCGAGAAGACCUUUGGGUGUGCAUCAAAUGUCCUUAGUUUUGGUAUGUGUGAUGUUCCCUCUGGCUACUGUUAAGAGGCAUACUGCUUUAGAAUGUGUUUCAAGAAACCAAAAGUGUUCUUUCUUGUAUGGAUGCCAAAGCCCAGAGAUUUCAGCAUGGAGAAAGCCCAAAGCCAACCUGAAAUCUCCUCAACCUCACCAUCUUUGCAGCAAGGGGUAUUGGUUGUCACCAGGUGGCGCUCUUGCCAAUGCAACUAAGAGCAGUUUCACAAGUUACGCAAAAGGCCAAAACAGCGCUGUGCACAUUCAGGCAAUCUUGCUACACAAGGGAGACACAUUUGGAAUUAGGUCAAAUCCAAUAUUUUCAGCUUCCAUUGUGAAAAAAGUUUCGAGUGAACGUAAUCAUGGGGGCAACGCCUUUGAAGUGGGAAAGGGCUGACCACAAGUUGCGUAACUCUUUAGCCAUAAUAAACUGAAGCAGAAUAACAGACACACAGUAGUAUGGAUGCAAAUGUAGUUAAUUUGUCUAUAGGAUUCUGUUAGGAUUCUGUUUUCUUGGUGCAGCAUGUGUACGUGGAAUCCACAUCCCUGACUAAAGGCACUUUUUCCUCACUUUGGCUAUUUGUGUGCAAGGGUGAAUACCGUGCUGAAGGUGUAGAGAUAGUUUAAAAAAACAAAAACUGAAGUUCAUGUAGGAAGAGAGAUUUACAGUGGUACCUCAGGUUACAGACACUUCAGGUUACAGACGCUUCAGGUUACAGACUCCACUAACCCGGAAGUAGUACCUCAGGUUAGGAACUUUACCUCAGGAUUAGAACACAAAUUGUGCGACAGCGGCACAGCAGCAGCAGGAGGCCCCAUUAGCUAAAGUGGUACCUCAGCUUAAGAACAGUUUCAGGUUAAGAAUGGACCUCCAGAACGAAUUAAGUACGUAACCAGAGGUGCCACUGUACAUUAAUAUCUGAACCAUCAUUCACUUAUGAGCAUUAAGUGCAUGACUGGUCUUCCAGUUUCCACUGUUAACCACAUCUCCCCAUAUACUCCAGACAAAGGGGUUUGUGGCUAUCAUUUAUUUGCUACAGGAAGCACCUUGCAAACAGAGAUCAUGUGACCCAGGUGGCGCGGCAGUGGCAGCAUCAAAGCUUCACAGGUGGUAAUUAGAAUGAUUUUUCAACUCGCUGAUGAAAAACACCCAUCAUUUAAAUUAAAUAUAUAAUAUGGGAUAAUGUAAGCUUUGGGCGAGGGUCUGAAAUUUGCAGCCCUAUCCUUGGCAUCUUAUUCAGGAGGAAAUCCUGCUUGGUUCUGCGAGACUUACUUCCAUGUAAGUGUACAUAGGAUUGCAGCCUCGGUGUAUAUUCUGCUGGUUGUGUGUGUGUGUGUGUUUAAAUCUAAGUUUAUUGGUCUAUAACAGGGUUGGGGUACUGUGAUACAAAUCAGCAUGGCCAAAAGUCAAGGUGGUGAAACUUAUACAUUCAGCAAUGCCUGCCACUCCAAAGAUUUCCCUGGUAUAAAAUAUAUUGACAUGUCAUUUCAACAUAGUAAUCUGUCCCAAAUUUUAGGAGACUGGGUAUGAAUUGGAAUAAACAAGGGCAUAAAUAUGCAACUGAAGGGACAGGAAGGCCAUCAGAGCAAAACCAGGCCACCUACCACCAGAUUCCCCCACAGAUUAAAUCGCAAAAUUCAGAUUACAGCGUGACAUUGGCAGAACAAAGGAGCGAAUCAAAUGCUUGACCUCAAAAAUGCUCUCCUCAUUCACACCUCCUUGCUGCUCACAUUAUAUUUCAUUUUUAAUUUGUAUGCCACCUUUCCACUUUACCGUUCUUAGGGCAAAAUAUGCAGCAAAGUAACAUGGUCAUCUUCGAACAACUUGAGCAAUAUUCAAAUUCAAAAUACAACUAAAAUCCAGAAUAUAACUAAUAAUAUGUGACACAAUUAAAAAAUGAAUUUCACAUAUAACAUUACGAAAUAAUAUAAUAUCGGCUAAUGAUAAUAAAAUAAAAUCACCCCAUCAGUUAUGAUAAACCUCAGGAGUACAUAAGAAACAACCAAGAAAAAUGGGUUAUCCAGACUAGGAAUGGGGGAAGAAUUUCAUUCAGUUUGCUUUUAUAGGCGAAUCUGUCAAACACACACUUUCUGAAACAAUCUGAGAACUGAAACACAGCAAGGCUUUGAAAUUUGCAAUUAUGCAACCAACAAAAAUGUUUACAAAAAUGCAUAUAUUAUGAGAAAGUGUGCAUAAAAUGAUGCAUUUAUUAGUGAGAAUAGCAUAAAAAUGCCUUAGGUUAAGUUGUACAUCAGUCACAGCUGUGUACAAAAAUAUGUUUUAUUAGGAGAAAAUCACACUAACAUGCUGGUGAUUUUGUUUUUAAUUGCAAAUCGCUGUAAACUAAAUUUAAGAUUGAAAAAUGAGAAACAGAGAACCAACGUUGAUAGAUCGUUUGAUCCCUAAUCCAGACCAAAUUAGCUACACUCGGGGCCCUUUUAAAUCUAUGUGAAAAGAUUAGUCAAACUAACUCCCAUCUGGAUCCAACCCAGGAGUAGCAAAAUGAUUUAUUGGGCUAACUUCCAGCCAGGCGUGCAAUACUAUCCUUUAAAAAUAAAUAAAAAUGAAUUCCUACACCCGAAGAUGAACUCUGUGUAACCUAAAAGCUUACACUCCCAGCAUUCUCCAUUGUAAUCUAUGGCCCAAUAAAGUAGCAUCCAUUUCUUGCUCAGCACAGCUGACAAUGCCAUUUAAUGCACAUGAAUGAGCAAAUACCUGGGUUGAGAGGAGAAGGGGGAAAACAUUCCUUCACCAUGAGUUGAUUCCCAUGUAACCUUUUUGUGACCUCCAGCAGAGGGUCAGUUGGUUGGGUGGCUUUUUAAAUGUUUAUUUUGCUUCAGGGUUUUUUUUCUCUUUGGUCAUUGCGGAAUGCUGAUUGCUCUCUAAUCCUUUUAAUGUAACCAGCCAACCUGUCUUCAAUAGAAACUGCCUGAAUUAAUGUCGCCAUUUCUUUCUACUUCAGCUUCAGCCUUUCCAAGACUUAUUUUGUUCAGUCCCCAAUGCCUGAAAUAAAGAAUAAAAAUCCAUAUAUAAUUGGGUAUUGUUGCUAUUAUUACUAUUUAUCAUUUAUCUAAUUCCCAUCAGUGCACGACAUACAGUACCAGAAAGGUUGCUGGGUUAAGUUUGUGUGUUGCGCGGAAAACAACAAAGAGUCUUGUGGUGCCUGGAAGACGAACGUAUUUAUUACGGCAUAAGCUUUUGUCGAAACACGAAGUGUAAUCCUCAGUUGCAGGUACAUGCAAACAGGAGGGGGGAAUUUUUUAGCACGGGCAUCAGAGGGAAAUGAAAUGCAAGAAAUAAGAGUCAGUUACAAUUCAGUUACAGCAAGAUGUAUGCAACAUAAGUACAGUAGCCCUUUGCAAGAGCAGUGAUAGGUGAUAAAUCUUUGGCAACAUGAGUUAAUGAAGGUCUGUAAUGGUACAGGAAACAGUAGCAGCCCAUAUUGGGGGGAGCAGAAGUGGCAUGAGGCUUGGUUAGGGCAAGGUUGUAGUGAGUUGAGACGCGGUGUCAGGAGGGGCGCUUAAUAGCUCCCCCUCUCAAUGGGCUGGAGCAGUCAGGAAACCGUUGUCUUUAUCCAGCCCUAAAUGAUUAGAACUGAACUUUUUUGAUGAAUUGAAAUUCUGGCGCUGUGGUCUAAACCACAGAGUGUAGGGCUUGCCGAUCAGAAGGUCGGCGGUUCGAAUCCCCGUGACAGGGUGAGCUCCCGUUGCUUGGUCCCAGCUCCUGCCAACCUAGCAGUUCGAAAGCACGUCAAAGUGCAAGUAGAUAAAUAGGUACCACUCUGGCAGGAAGGUAAACAGCUGGUCACAUGACCUGGAAGCUGUCUGCGGACAAACGCCGGCUCCCUCGGCCAGUAAAGCAAGAUGAGUGCUGCAAGCCCAGAGUCGUCCGUGACUGGACCUAACGGUCAGGGGUCCCUUUACGCUUAACUUUCCUGUUAAGAGCCUCCCUUUGAUGUUUGUUUGUGCAAAUAUAGCCACAGUAAUUCAGUAGCAGUGUGCUGCUGAUACACUGAAACGGUCUCCUAUUAGGAAUCAGGGCUCAAAACUGGGUUUCUUUAUAUCCAGUCCUAAUCUGUUAGCUAUUGUGUUUCAGCCCCUGCUUUGGAGGCAAGGACUUGAACCAAUUGAUUCAAGCCACAAGAAAAGAGAUUUCGACUAAACAUCAGGAAGAACUUUCUGGCCGUAAGAGCUGUUCAACAGUGGAACACACUUCCACAAGAAGCAGUGGACUCUCCUUCCUUGGGGAUUUUUAAUAAGAGGUUAGAUGGCCAUCUGUCAUGUAUUUUAGCUGAGAUUCCAGUAUUGCAAGGGAUUGGACUAGAUGAUCCUCAGGGUCCCAAAUUUACAAUUCUUUGAUUCUGUAAGAGAGAGCCAUUAAUCACCUGCAGAGUGCACCCUCUAGAUAACUGCGUCUGCAUCCAGUCCAUACAUAUCUGAGGUUCGGGAGCAGUGCUGCGGAAAGCGGUUGGCUUCUAGGUACGCAUUAUUAUUCUCAGUAUCUCUGGUUUUUUAACCACCAUUUUAAAGAAAAUGGAGCCAAUCCAAGCACUCCAGUGUGAACUUCUCAUUCUGUACCGCAGAACGAAAACAACAGCAACCAAACAUGUCACCGCAGUUAAUGAACCGAAGUUUUGAAGGAAGCAGAGGAAAGAGACCACAGCUUUCUGCCUCUAAUUAUCCUGUUUGUGCAUCUGAAAAAAAGUGGGCUCUAGCCCACUCAAGUUGCAACAGGUAACAUGUUGAUGUGUAUAUUCCCAUCUUACAUAUGUAAUACAUAUCUCUUUAUGUGUGUACGUACUGUCUUUUACAAAGGAGACCCACUGCCAAGGCACUUGUCCCUGACUGAAAGGGUUAAAGUCAGCAGGUAGUGGGUGGGGCUGAGAGGUGGGGUUUGGCUCUAUCCUGGCUCCUUCCCUGCUGUGAGUGCUUGAACCAGUCACUCCUGGAGUGGCACUUGCAUAUACCUGCCUAACUUGCCUCUGACACAUUCCCUCUCAGUGCUCUACCGGGACUGCCUUACUUCAUUGGAUUCUGGAUUUUGCUUUGGAGACAGCAACACAAUUUGCCUGACAAGCCAAUGUGGAAAGACCUGCUGGAGGAUCGCUGCUCCUACCAGUCACUCUAAACAAGUAUGUAACUAAACUUUUUUUUAUUCUCUCUCUGUCUCUUCUUUCUCUCUCUGUGUGUGUUUUGUUUUGGAAGACAGCUCUUCCCAGGCAGAUGCUAAAGUCACAGGUGGACCAAGGGUGCCAUAAAGUGACCCAAAACUUGGAUCACCUUCUACCGAUAAUGACAGGUGGAUAAAAUUGUAAAGAAAUGUUCUCUAACCACCGCCACCCACCCCAUAAAAAGGUAAAGGUAAAGGACCCCUGGAUGGUUAAGUCCAGUCAAAGGCUGGGCGACAUAAUUCAUUGAAGUAUUUUAAUAAGAUCUGCCACAUACUUAAACAUCCAACUUGGUGGUCCAUAUCCUGUCAUUUAAUUCUGUACUAAGGAAGCCCCCCUGCUAGCACUGCUCUGAAUUAUGCAAACCCUUGAAACCAUUUUUUAAAGCAGUUUAUAAUUUAGUUAGCUGUACUUUUUGUUUAGUGAGGCAUUCAAAGCAACGUAGCUGAGCUUGCGACCCUGUGCGCACUUAGGAAAAAGUCCAGUUGAACUCAGGGAGAACAUAUUUCCAAGUAAGCAUGCAAAAUAUCAAGUUGCAGAAAUACCUUUUUAAAAUAAUGGACCGAAAGACUGAUGAAAAGCUGGUUUAGUGCAAUUACACAAGUUUAGGAAAUGAAUAGAAUACAAUCACAUUUUUGACACAUUUCAAAAUGAGAUUUUUUUUUAAAAAAAGAAUGCCAGUUUAAAGAAAUUAUAAGGGGGUAUGUGUGUGUAUCUAUAUGAAUACAACCAAUGCAGAUGAAAACAAGGAUAUAUAAAUGAUAUAGGAAGCUGGUUUUUAUGUUAAAAAAAUCAUCAUUUUAUAAAAAGUUAAGAUUUCUCACACUUCAAACCCAGAAAAUAUCUGGGUGGUAUGUCUCAUUUGUGUUGGUUUGAUCUGGAUAUCAAAAGAUGCAGCUCUCGUAUUUUGAAAUUAAUCCCAUUUUAAGAAGUAUCUUUAAUGUGGAAAAACAGGAUCAACCCAACUGGGUGUCUCCUGGAGAAACAAAACAAAAACCAUAGCCUUGAAAGAGAAUGAUCACAUUUCAAAAUUAAUUUUCUCAUUAUAUUGUGGGGUAGUGGAAUGUAUAUCUGCAAAGACAUUAGGAAGUCAGUCCAAGAUGAGCACAGCCUCUUCCCCCCCCCCCCCCCCGCUUUUUAAAUACUUUUCAAAAAUAUUAUAAAUGAAAGGACUGAAUGCAGUCUUAUUGAGAGUGGCUUCUUUCCUUGCAAUCAACAGUCAACAUUUAAAAUAAGAUAGGAAUUUGGGGUUUUACUGAAGUCUUGAUUUAAGUCCAUGGCAUGGUUCAAUCAUUUCAAGAUGUUUCAUAGGAAGCAACUUAUAAAUGGAAUUAAGUAAUAGAUAGAUAGAAAGAUAGAUAGAAAGAUAGAUAAAUAGACAGUCAGUAAUUUCAUGGUUUACCCCAGCCUUGCGCCACCCAUAUAUUGUCACCUACAACUUGUGUGGAGUUUUCUGCUGCUGCCCUGAUCAUAAACACAUUUCUUUGGGAACAAGCACCAGUUUGUUGCACCAAUGGGUUAAUAAAAUUUUAAAGUAAAAAAAAUAAAAUGGGCAUCGGUAACCAUGUACAUCCACAGCCAUCUGUCCCCCGGCUAUAAUUUAAAAGGAAGAAGAUGAAAGGGUGCUGACUCUGGAACGGUUUGCCACUAGCGCCUUCAUCUACCAUUCUCUGAGUAGUCAUGUGGGCUGUUUGUGUGCUGGGCUUCAGGGCCCUAGACUUCGGCCUUGAGGUCCAGCAAGUGUGCUGGCUGGUGCUGAUGAGAGUGGUAAUCCAAAACAUCUGAAGGGCACCUGGUCAGUAAAGGCUGGUUUACCUUACAAGAAUCUCAGGGCCUCUUUACAUGCUACAUUUUUAGGUAUAUGUAUUAAAGAGUAUACCAAAAAAUGUGAACGUGACAUAUUUCUGAAAACACAUGUCUCAUACAGGUACAUUCGGAGUGUGGGGAUUGGCUGCAGUGCUCUGUUGUGUAUGCGCAACCUGGGUUGCCUAUUGUGUCCUCUGUGAGAAGCUCCUCAAGCAUGGGCACCAAAUGCCUUGUCUUGAGCACGGCAGUGCAUGCACAGAGUUCUCCUGAUCCCACAAUUCCCAACGUAACUUGUGGCAGCUCCAUGCUUUUCUUGUGGGACCUCGUCACUGUAGAGAAGAAGACUUGCAGGUGAGAAUUGGGAGAGAGAUGAGAAACACAAAGGUGUAUCCUACCUUUGAGGGUUUGGUCUCAGGGGCCAGCCCAACUCAGUCAUAGAUCUUGUGUUCUCAGUGGUGGCUGGAUCAAGGUGGUGCCAGCAGUCCGUUGAUUGAAUGCCUUCGCGUUGCCCACGAAUCAAAUUAGGCACAGUUAACUUUUGCUCGUUCUUACUCCUGUGCUCGUGCGCAGCUCUCAUUUAUCUCAACGAUGCUGGCACUGGAGAACCUUUUUCCAGUGAACUUUAUCCCAUAGCUCAGAUCAGAUCUGUCUGUGUUCCACCCUGCUGCCCUUAAUGGAGAACACCACCUGCCGCCUGAAGCCCUCGCAUCACUCUGACUCGUGUUAGGGCCGCCUGUGUGAACAAGGGAACCAGGACUGCUGUGUUGUAACCAGAGAGUUGUUUCAAUUUUUAGGUUACAAAAGAAUGCCUGUAAAAUAUGUUUUGUGCUUCAUGAACAUGACCAAUGCGCAUCUGCAAUUCUCUAGUCAGCUAUUUUUGGGGAGGUGAGACUGGCUAUGGCUACCUAAUUUCUGGAUACCUGACUGGUAGCCACAAGCACAGUAUUGCUCCCAUGUGAUAGGGGAAGACAUAACUCCCGAGGUAGAUUUGUCGGAUGUAUCUUGGAUGAUGGCCUACCCCUUUUUGUUUUUCUCCUCUCCCUCUCCCUCUCUUUUUAAUUCACUCCAGUUCUCACACACAGAACCAAUACAUGUGCUAGUUUUGUCCUACUUACACAGGGGUAAAUUUCCAUGCAUGGGAAAGGCUACCAUGUGUAAUAAGCUUUAAUAAGAAUUAAUAAAUUACAGUAGGGUUCAAGGUGCAUUGUUCAUAUCAACCCCAAUAGACUUUAUAACAUAACCUGUAAAGGAGGCCAGAAGUGUUCGCCACUAUUGCAGUUGGGGUGUGUGUGUGCCUUCACAAAUGUGAUGCGGGAGAAAUUCAGUUUGGUUUGCUUUUUAAUGCGAACCUACCUUAUUUGUGCUUUCUGAAAUAAUAUGCCAUCUAAAACACAGUUUUGCUUAGACAUUUGUGCUUCUCGGGAUUUUGUAGUGCACCACAUCAACCAAAAACAUUUGCACAAAAUAGUGUGCAUUAAGGGAAAGUAUGCAAAAAAAAAUAAUUUUUUUUUUUGUAUACUUUCCCCUAAUACAAACUUAAUGAAAAUAACAUGAAUGCACUUUAUGUUAUGGUAAAUUGCUUGCAAGAAUGUGUCUAUUUUGCAAAAUGGCAUACAAAAAUAAUUCAUUAGGAGAAGGGGGCACUAAAAUGCUGUCAAAUUUUCGUGGGGACUUUAAAAACCCCACCUCAAAUUGAUGCAGAAAUAUGGCGACCUGAAUCCUGGACUGUAAAAAUUAGAAAUGGAGAGAAACAAAAAUGGCCAGAUUCCUCUAUCCCUUGCAAGAGGCUGAGGGAACAGUGACUUGUGAAAGGCCGCCUAAGUCCCAUCUGAACUAGAUUGUUGGACCACACCAACUCCAAAAUGUAUGGAUGUGUUUCUUGAAAUGUAUACUUACAACAAGUUUAGAGGUGCUGAGUGUGUUAGCUAUUCAGACUGCCCACUGCACUGACGACAAAAAGCACACCCAUGUUGCCCCCCGUGUAACAGAAAAGACCUACAUUUUCCAGAAGAAGUACUAUAGGAAGCAAUAUAAUACAGAGGGACCAAGUAUCUGUAGGUUUGUCAUCUGCCAAGCUGCCGUCUCAUGUCCUAACAAAAUGUGGUCUUUGUGCAAUGGGCUGACUUCGUGCCAUGCAGAAGUAAAAAGAUUUCUUUGACGUAGCACCCAUACAUUUCCACACACGUAUGUCUCCAUACAGGCAAACAAGAGGCAGUAUUGCAGUUGAAAAGACAUAUUCCAGCAAGGCAAAAACACUGAAGGCCUUCACUUAGAUAGGCCAGUGAGCAGUGAGCCUGGGGAGACAGUCCUGACCCGAGAGCUGGAUAAAGAGGCCUGUGGGUGGGUCCAAUAGGAUUCAUUCAGAACCAGUUCACAGCCAAACAAACACACUGGGAAGGCAGGACAUGGAAAGCUUGGCCCAUACAGUGUGUGAUCCACCAUGCGACUGCUUUGCUGUACGCAGAACUAAGCCUAAAACUGCUUGAGCACUGAUGUAAUGAAUGUGGGUUCAGCUUAGGUUGUUCCCCACGAUUCUAUGAGGACAGAGAAUCAUAGAUUUGUAAAGUUGGAAGGGACUUUGGCAGUCAUCUAAUCCAACCAUCUGCAAUGCAGCGACCUUAGCUAAAGCAUCUAUGAGAGAUGGCCGUCCAACCUCUGCUUAUACACCUCCAAGGAAGGAGAGCCAGCACCUUCCACAAUUCACCAUCAAAGAGCUCUUGCUGCCAGAAAGUUUUUCCUGAGAUUGAGUCAGAAUCUCCUUUCUUAUAACUUGAAGCCAUUGCUUCGGGUCCUACCCUCCAGAGCAGGAGAAAACAAGCUACGAAUCAUCCUAAAAGUGGACAGCACAGAUUAUUUCCACAAUAUAUUUCCACACAUUUAGCAAUAUUUAUAUUUCUCAUCAUAAUGGGGAGACUGUAGCCUGGUGACCUGUGUGCCUGCCUGCUCAGUCUGUUGUCCUGGUUGGUACUAACCAAUGAUAAGCAACUAUCAAGGCAGCUACUCUCCCUUCUUAGGGGAAUUUCGUUUCAAAGCGGACUUCAGCUGGGCAACCCUUCAAAUACAGGACUGGAAAGCAGGGCACAUCACUACCGUAUUUCAGUACAGUGGUGCCUUGGGUUACAGAUGCUUCAGGUUACAGACGCUUCAAGUUACAGAUUCUGCUAACCCAGAAGUACAGUUGUACCUCGGGUUAAGAACUUAAUUUGUUCUGGAGGUCUGUUCUUAACCUGAAACUGUUCUUUAACCUGAAGCACCACUUUAGCUAAUGGGGCCUCCCGCUGCUGCCGCUGCGCCGCCGCUCCAUGAUUUCUGUUCUCAUCCUGAAGCAAAGUUCUUAACCUGAGGUAAUAUUUCUGGGUUAGUGGAGUCUGUAACCUGAAGCGUAUGUAACCUGAAGCGUAUGUAACCCGAGGUACCACUGUAGUACCUUGGGUUAAGAACUUUACCUCAGGAUGAGAACAGAAAUUGUGCGGCCGCGGCGCGGCAGCGGCAGGAAGCCCCAUUAGUUAAAGUGGUACCUCAGGUUAAGAACAGUUUCAGGUUAAGAACGGACCUCCAGAACGAAUUAAGUUCUUAACCCGAGGUACCACUGUAGUAUGCUGGUUGAGUGAAAGACUCAGUGUGCAGAGUCGUAUGUUGAGUUCUGUACAGGUCCUUUCAGGGUGUAUCCUCAGUGUGCUACGGUGAUAAUGUAACUGGUUCCUUGGAUGCCCAUUACAAACCAUCGGUGCAGGUGGUGUUUUGAGCAACGUGAGAACAUAAGGUGAGCCUGCUGAACCAGACCAAUAGCCUGUCUAGUCCAUCAUCCUGUUCUCACAGUGACCAGUCAGAUUCCUGUGGAAAGUCCACAAGCAGGACAUGAGCGCAACACCUGCGAUUCCCAGAAACUGACAUUCGGAGGCAUGCUGGAGGUAAAACCUAGCCAUUGUGGCUAGUAGCUGUUGUAGAAAAAGUAGCAGGAAAUGGUUCCUGCCCCCGAAAAGCUUACAGUCUAGUGCAGGGUGACAACAGCAGGAGAAACAUGGAGGUAGAGGCAAGAGUAAACAAGUAGAAGCUGUUUGCUGGAUGGCGCAGGGCCGCCAUGCUGGCUUCCCAGGAGGUGGGGCAGUGUUGCUUUCUGGGAAAGAUUCCUGCAUUGCAGGGGGCUGGACUUGAUGAGCCUUGGGGUCCGUUCCAACUCUACAAUUCUAUGAUUCUAGAUUGUGGGGUGAUUGGCACUUUACAAAAGCUUGUGUGCAUUUGCAGCACACUGAUGUAACUGCUGGGAAGCUAGCACUGUGACUCUGCCUCACUUGUUGAGCCACUUCUGCAAACAGGAUACUUUCAUUAAGUUUAGCCAUUUUUAUCCCCCUUCCCCUAAUAUACCUUUUCCUCCCACAAUGCCACGGCUCACAAAAAAAAAAGCAAAACACAGCUGAGCACAUACAGGCUUUGCUUCAGUUGAAGAUAUUACACUUUGAAACCAGAUUACAUUCCCACUUAAGCUAAGGACUCUUCCUGGUUGCUGCUAAUUUUGGGUGGGAUUCAACAAAUUCAGGUUAUGCAAUUGCAGGUGAUUGCAGAAUAUUGCACGACAAACCCGCUUCCACGAAGGAUUGGACUUUUUGAGAUAAAGAAAGGGAAAGGAAAAUGCAUCAGAAAGCGUGAGAUAACACUUGCUUUGACACAACAUCAUCUGUCCUCUCCACAAACUCGUCAAUAAAUAGCCGAUGUUGUCUAACCACUCUGCAAACAAACAUGGAUGAAUGUUUAGUAAGCAGGUCAUCUGGAAGUGACCUAAGUGAUGGCAGUGCCUACCUUGAUUUCAACAUCAAGAAGCUUUUUCUAGAGCCAAUCCAUUAUUAUUAUGGUGAUGCUGGUUGUGGUGAGAUGUGGGGAAGUUAAUGGAAGACUGUAACUACCCCUCCUGUGGGCACAUGGUGAAGGGACUUGGUGUUUCUUUGUCCAGCAGAAUAAAAUGUGGCCAUCCAAUGAGCGGGAAGGAACUAGGUAUACGCUGAAGCAAUCACAUAUAUAGUUUGCCACGCGGCCAGAGUAGGAGUGUGUGGGAAGGACAUAAAAGCAUUAUCACUCAACCCAUAUUUCCCCAAUUAAAAAUGGUUGAGCAAUCUAAUGAUCUGUGUUGGAUGAUCAUAAGAACAGACUCUACAUAGCUCAACUUUCUCUGCUAGAAACGUAUUCUAGUUCCCAAGACUGGUCUAAGACACUUUGGUGCAGGGCCAGGUUUAGGUUUAAUGAGGCCCUAAGCUACUGAAGGUAAUGGGGCCCUUUCUUUAUAUGUCCAGCUGUCCUUUGUCAACAACAAAUUGCCGCUGUUUUUUGUGUUGAAUAUAUGCUAUAUGGUAAUUUAUGGACCUAAUACACAACACAAAACACUGUUUCUGUAUGUAGGUUUUAUUUCUUUGUUUAUUAUCUUAUAUUUUGGAAAUGUACAUCCAGGUUUUUUCCUUUAAAUUUUUUUGGGGGCCCCAAGAGAGUGGGGCCCUAAGCUAUAGCUUGUUUAGCUUCUACGUAAAUCCGGCAGUGCUUUGGUGCCAGAGCUACAAAAUCCAAAUAGCAUCAACCUUUCUCUAACACAGGGCACAGAUUCUAUUCCCAUCAGUACCCAAACCCUGAUUUGUUUUCUUUUGAUGGUUGCCAUGUUUUCUCUGGCUAGUCACUAAUUUUGGGUGGGAUGAAAUCAUAUGCCAGCAAUUUCAUGUUCCUCAAAAGAUCAGAAUGUUUGUAGUUAGGAAAGUGACAGGGAAAUGCACUAGAAAGUGUAGGAUAACGCUUGCUUUGAUGCAACAUCAUCAAACCUCUCAAUGAGUGCUUAGUAACAAGUCAUCCAGAAGCACCCUUGGUCACCAUUGUCAAAUGAUACGGUAGGUGCAUGUUAUAUGUGCUUCUGCAAGUGUCUACGGACAAUUUAUCUUUCAGUUAGAGACUGUGGCUCAGUUUCAAAAUUCAAGCACAUUUUUCCAAUUAGUGUUGUGAACAGAUUUAGACUUGAGGUUUGUUUUAACAGACUACUAGAGCAAGACUUUCAUGUACUUACUUAAUUAAUUGAUGAAAUAUACAUGAAAGUUGCAAAACCACAGGUGCAGUCUUAAAGGAUCCUGAUGAUGGGACACUUUCUCUUUUAAAUAUGCUACUGUAACAACUUAAUGAGCAAAACCUACCACUAUUUGCUUAUUGUCAUCCCUACUAAUUAAUUGAGAGUGCAAAAUUUAACCUGCCAUUAAGGCUUCCAGACAGUCGCACUGAUCAGUUUGAUUCUAGCCCUGACUGAAAAAAUAAAACAAAGCCUGUUUUGUUUAAUAAUAUAUAUUAGCCCCAUAGAGGUUUGACAGUGGUGAGGUAUCAGAGAGGCUAGGUAACAAAUAAUGAUGAAUGAGAGCAAAAUAAGGUAAAAGAACUUAGAUUCUGUUUUUGUUGGGUAUGAAGAUGGGAGAGGAAGGAAGCUUAAGUAAAGGUUUUGCUUAAGAGAUUGACUUUGAGGGGUAAUGUGAAGGGAGGAGAGAGGUGUCACAAUUCUACUCAGGGACAGGGAGCGCUCCAGAAGUCAUUGGACUCUAACUGCCAUCAGCCCCAGCCAGCAUGGUCACUGUUCAGGGAUGAUGGGAGUUGUAGUUGAGCAAAUACUUGAGGUCCACAGUUCCCAAGCUCUGAUAUAAGUAUUCCAGGAGCAAAUUCUGGGACUGAAGGGCAGGAAUAGUGAAUGGGCAGAGCUAGUAAAGAGAGCACAUGACAGCUGAUGGUGGUAGAUCUGGAGUAAUGGAGGUCAUGAGCAGGGAUAUAUUGGGAAUAAGGUUAGAAAGACAGGGCAGGCCAUAAACACCUUUAGAGGUAAGGAUAUGGAUUUGUGCUAAAUGCAGGAGGGGGUGGGAAGCUCGUAGCAGGGAUUUGAAGAGGCCAUCAUGCAGGUGAAGGAAGAGAAACCAGUGGCCCUUCAGACGUUGUUGGACCAUCAUCUCCCACUAGCCCCAGAUAGCAUGGACAAUGGCCCAGCUGAUGGGAACUGUAGUCCAACAACACCUGGAAGGCCAGAGCUUCCCCAUCUCUGAUAUAGACAGAGAGAGGGGUGAAUUGUUGGGCCAGGAGAAUUCUAGGCUGAGGCAAAAACUGAAGGAUUGCAAGAAGCAGCCAGGAAGAAGAAAACUGUAGUAACCAAGAUGGGCAUUAAGGAGGUGCCUAUAAAAGGCACUGUUCUUGCAUUAAUAUAAAGGAAGAGGUAGAUAGUGACAUUCUGUCAGUAGAAAAAUAAAGAGAAGUGGAAGGCUUGGGAAGAAAGAUGAGAACUUCAUAUUGGGUUGGGCCCAGGCUAAGUUGGUUGUAUUUGGUUUCCAUCAAAAUCCAUGGGAUUUGUAAAGUUUGUAAAGACAAAUUGCUCCCAUUGAUUUUAGUGGAAAUGAAUGCAGUGAGUGUAGGGUCCUUCCCAAUGAGUGUUUCUUGUAGGGUUGGUGCUCCUAACGCAUGCAAGCUUCCCACCCCACCCCAGUGUCCACAUAAUGUCAUUGUCAUCAAAAUGCCGGUCCAUAUCCCUGCCCCCAAUUUAAUUCAGAUUUAUCUCAUCUGGGGGAAAUCCACUAAGUUAAAACAAAACAAAACACCUAUGGCCAGGUACCUAUUUGCACCAUCUCAAUAACCCAUUUACGAUAUUAAGCCUUAAUCUGGAAGCACCCUAAGUCUGGAUCAUUGCGAUUCGUUAAGGACCAUGCCUAAACCACUUACAUAUGAAUGUGUUUCAUGCCACUCCUUGUUUAAAUGUGCUUUCAUGCCUGCCAUGUGCACAGUGUCAGCAAGCACACCAGAUGCACGUCCACCCAGGCCACGAAUGUCUGGCAUGCCAACACUGAAUGCAUAUGGACUAGCGCAAGUGAGAGACGCAUGCUAAGGAGAUGGGAGUGGCGUGAAAUGCUUACACCAGUGAAUAUUUUAGCUGUAAACAUGUUUAAUUUGAGUCUGAGGUUGUGGGGAAGGCCCGUAGCUCAGCGGUAGACUAUCUGAUUCGCAUGCAGAAGAUCCCAUGUUCAGUCCUUGGCAUCUCUGGGUUGGGGCUGGGAGAGAACCGUGUCUGAAAUCAUUGUCAGUGAGAAAAGACCGUACUGAGUACUGACCUAGAUGGGCCAACAGUCUGUCUUGGUCUAAGGCAGCUUCCUGUUUUCCUAUGAAAAGACAUCAAGGAUAAAAUAUCAGAAAGGAAGAUGGAGGGGAGAGAGGGUGGGAGUUACACUUAGGUAGACAGACAUAGCUGAGGACCAACAGGAAGCAGCAGCUGCAAGGGGUGGGAUCUGGGAUCAGAACCAUGGUGUACAAGAAGGGUGUUAACCCUUUCCUUCCAUACCGUGUUCCCAAUGAAACAAACACACACACACACACAUACCAAAAAAAAAGAAAAAGCUGUUACUUGCAUUGAGCCUAUUGGUACCAAUGGAAGCUUCUCUCCCAAUGGAAAUAGCAACUUUGAGGGUUUCGGUGUGUCAGAACUGUGGGGAGGGAAAGGUGAAAUUCCCUCCAUCCUCAGCCUGAUCUGGUCACCCCUAGUUACUAUUUCCUUUUUUAGUAACAGACACAUAAGUAAAUCACAUGUUUACCAUUAAAUAUACUUUGGCUCUGUUAGACUAUAAAUGGUAUUGCAAACCUAGUACAGCCUUCCCUGGGCUGAUGCUCUCCAGAUAUGGUCAACUUCAACUCCCAGUAGCCCCAGCCAGAUGACCAAUGGUUAGGGAUGCUGGGAGCUGUAGUCCAUGUAUGGCUUAGGACAUAAGUGUCCACCCGUUGGCCCCUCAGAUGUUGUUGGACUGCAUCUCCCAUCAGCCCCAGGCAGCACAGCCAAAGAUCACGGAUGAUGGAAGUAGAAGACCAUUAACAUCUAGAGGGCCACAGGUUCCGUAUCACUGGCUUGCCCUGUUAUACACAAGCAUGUACCUAUGAGAGUAAAAGAAGAAUACCAAGAAAGUGCAGUACAAAUGUGACAGAAAGUGUGUAGAUUCAAGCCAUAAACUUUUACAAUGGACUGUGCUUGUAAAACACAAUGAUCCAAAUAACCAAAACAUAAAACCUGUUAGUCACAUUAGCUAUGUGACUAUUUGGAACAAAUAGUCUUUCUUUGCAGAUAUGUGUUCCUGUAUGAACCUCACUUUAUAUUUAAACACUUGUGUCCUUCAGGUGUACCCUGAGCAACUCAUUUUAAAAUUUAAUAGAGCUGAGCCACAAUACUGUAAUCAUUUAAAAUUGUUAUUAGAGUUCAAGAACCCUUUUAAGAUGCUGAGAAACCUCACCUGCACUCUCUCUUUUUGCACUUUAAAAAGCAUAAACAACCAAAGAUGCAAAAUGAUUCAUGAAUCUGUUGAUCUUUAAUUCUAGUUUAAAUCCAUACCAUCACCAUCCCUGUCUUAUCAGAUGCAACAAAUUUGUGCUUCUAUACCAAUUUAAUUAUCAUGACUUCCACACAAGAAUUCUGGGAAUUGUAGUUUGGUGAAGAUGCUUAAAAUUCUGUGUUAAGUGACCCCUAGCCUCCAUUGCAAAACAACAGUCUCCAGAGAUCAUUGGGGAGAAGGAUAAUUGUUAAUCCCGUUCCAGUCCGUGCUAUCCAUAUGCCUUAAUUAGACGUCUCAAUUUCUGCUACAUCACACUUCUGGCAACGUAAAGUGUCCAUUUGAAAAGGAGUGGGGGUUUUUUGUUGCCACGCAUUUCGUUCUUUAAGAAAUGCACAAAUGUAUUAAUAAGUGUCAUAAAUGUUAUUUGCUUCUUGGGUGCAUGUGGGUCCCUCUGGAGAAAGGCGGUGCUUCUGUUCUGAGAACAUUGCUGGAUUAGAGUGCUAUGUGGCUGUGCAAGAGUUAUGGGCGCCCAUUGCUUUGUAAUAUGAAAGGAGGCAAAUGACGUCCCUUCCUCUCCCCUUGGACUUUCAAAAUGUGUAAAUCUUCAAGUGGAAGCCGUGAAUCCAAAGCAUGUACACUUCACCACAAAAUAAUUUAAUCCAAUUAAAGAUACCAUCAAGACUACACUUUAAUCUCUGCUGUGGAGCUCAAAUUGAACUGAGUGUUUUGUGGCCUGCACAUGAGGUUUAGCUACAUUUAGGAUGAAUGUGCUUUUUAGAUUUUUAUCGUCUCUUCAUCCUUAAUGCUCAGAGCAAGUAAUCACACUGUUAAAGUGCAACCAAUUACCAUGCAAGACAAUUAAAUAAUACUUGCGUUUUUACCUUUCUAGUGUUUUAGGAACAUAAGAAACACCCUAGAACAUUGGUCCAUCUAACUCAAUAUUGUCUAUACUGACCAGCACCUGCUUGGUAAGAUUUCAGGCAGGGAAUGUUGAACCUAGGUGACAUCCACACCCAUACAUUUAAAGUGCACAGCUUCCACUAAAGAAUUCUGGGAGCUGUGCUACAAUUCCCGGCACCCUUAACAAACUACAGUUCCCAGGAUUCUCUGGUGGAAGCCAGGUGCUACAAAUUAAUGGUGUGGAUGUGUCCCUGGAACCUCUUAUGGAGUGUGUCAGAGACCUGGAGAAACUUGGCUUCCCUUUGCUGGAGAAUGGUCAGAAAGUCUGCUUUACAGAGGACAGCCAUCACAUCUCUGCGUGAAGGCAUUUGAAUUGAUGUCCAGUCCAAAUCCAGUUUAAAAACAAAGAACCCUAAGUUCUAAGACCUGCAGGCUUUUGAAGUCGCUUGCCAGCAGUUAGAACUCAAACAGCAGACUAAACAGGCACACAGACUGUGUUACACAUGGGGGCAGACUUUGGUAAUAUGGCCCCCUGAGCAAGGACAAUAUUUGGUGCCCUCCUCAAAUAUUUCUUAUUUUCACAAAAGUUCCUUCUGGUACUGAUGCUUUUUAAAAUGAAUUUUCUUAGUAGGUACCUUAUAAACAUAGGUGUUGUUGUUGUUGUUUGCUCCCUGCCCCCAAGUUUGGCGUCCUGUGGGGGGGGAACGGCCGAAACCUCCAAAAUCCAGCGCUUGUAUAUGCUAAACCUUUAACACAGCACAUCUGAAUAGCAUUAUUUUCCUCAAAUAAUUCUGGGCACAGUAGUUUGGUAAGGGAUAUUGGGAAUUGUAAUUUUGCGAGGAGUAAACAAUCUUUUGUUUUUUGAGCAGAGGCUGGGAAGCCUGUGGCCCUUCAGAUAUUGCUGGACUCCAGUUUCCAGCAGGAACCACCAGCAUGGGCUAUGGGCAGGGGUGAUGGGAGUUGUAGUCCAAUAAAAUCUGGAGGGCCAUGGAUUCCCCAUAAUUUUUAGAGGGCGUGUUCAUAUUUCAAAUCAAGAUUCAGCUUUGAAAGGGAAACAUUCUAGUGUGAAUAAAAAAAUUUGGAUACCUGCCUUCUGAUGAUGCUUGCCAUCUGCACUUUUUAUGCAUACUUAUAUUUCUUUUUUUAAAGCUACUACCCUGGUUAGUAGCUUUUUUAAUUGACUAAAAAUGUUGGGUGGUUUGUUUGUUUUAAAAAUAUUACUCUUAUCUGGGUAAUAGUUUAAUGGUGCAAUCUUGAAGAGUAAGUCCCGUUGAGUUAAGUGGGGCUUACUCACAGGUAAAUGUGAAUGGGAUUGCAGCCUAAAUCUUGCAUGCUGCCUGGAAUACCUUGAUGGUCCUAUGUUGCUGAUGGUAGGAAUUUUAUGCUAAUGGAGCAGCCACCAAGAAAACCUGUCCAGAGGUCUUCGUCAUUUUAGACUCACCUUAAGGUCGCAACGGAAUAUAGACAAGGAUUUGGGGAAUUUUAUCGCACCCUGGCUUGGAGGCUCUGGGCAGGUUGCAACAUAGAUUCGAAACAAACAUAAACUCCCAAAAUAGAACACAUGAAACACGGCAAUAAAAGCCUACAAAAUUCAAGAUUUAAAUAGCCCAACAAGCCAGCCCUAAUCAUGUCUUAUGUAGAACCUCUUUGAUCUUAAACAAAAAGGAAAGAAAAAUAAAGUACAAUAUAACCCAUGCUAAACUUUAGGGUUUUGAUGGGUAAUAUAUUUUAACGAUAUGAUGUGACUACAGCAAUUUAAAAUUUAUUUAAUGAUCACAGCGGGGUAAGACUCAUAUACAUCUUGAGUGAAACUCAGUUAUUACUGCAUUGGUGUUUAUACAUCAGUGGAUUGCAUUUUCCCACCAGCCAGGCACUACAGUUUUGCAAAUGGCAAUCCGUCAUGUGUACAUUUAUCUGCUGGUGGUGAUCAGUCUGCUUUGUACUUGUUUUAAAGCAGUAUUUUAUACCCCACUUUUCUCCUUCAAAUGAAGGUGCCCAAAGUGCCUAUCUGUGAAUAAAAGAGCUUAGAAACACAAAAAUAUGCACAGAAAAAACAUUAUAAGAAAAGCCCACAUCAGACGGAAUCAAGGCAGCUGUAAAACUGGAAAAAUUAAUAGAAGCAACCAAGAACCAGCCUAACAUAAAAAUCAAAGCUCCGACUUUCGGAAGUUUGCAGCUGCAAAUUCAGCUGUCACAGGAGACAGAGGUGAAGAACUUGCAGACUGCAAUCCUUCUGGUCUAAAGCACUCACUCCUGUCCUGUUGCAUUUGUCAUAUAUAAUGGCUGAGAUCACAAAUGUCCCACAUCUGGGAUGUGUGCCAGUUCACAUUCGUAGCCUUUUCACACAAGACUUAAAGCCUAGCAAUAUUAAAUAUAAACAUCUACAUUGGUCAGAAUUCUCGUUUGCAUCUCCAGUACCUUCCUCAUACUUUCUCUCCCGCUUCAACAUCAAUCAGACAUUUGCAGAAACAGCAGGAAAGGUGAUCAGAGGCAGUGUAAACCUCAGCUAUGAAACACCCUUGCAUAUUGCCUAAUAGCAAUUCCCAGUUGACUCACUUGUGGAAGCUGAGAAGAAUGGCUAAGCGCUCUUUAUAGUGCUAUUGGAAGAUCAAAGAUGAGUUAUGCUAUCCCUUCACUGGCUUGUGCGUGUGAAUCAAAGGGAAUUGCCUACAAGAUGAGAGAUGAAGGCUCUUUGUGGUUGCACCUAACAUUCUUCGGCACAACAAUUAAAAGAAAAGAUCAUAGUCUAAGUUGAGGGUGAUCUCACAAAUGACUAAAAACUAUAAAUCCUGGUAGUUAAAGUUAUUGGAGGGGGGGAGAGAUCUUAAAACAAAGAAGGUGUUUCUUUAAAUAUAAACCAUCCUAUAUCUGAUGAAGGAGGGUGUAUGCUUCUUUUGGAACAAGCCAAAUGAGAAAGUCGCUUCUUAGAAUCUGAGGCAAAGAAUCCCCUAAUAAUUAUUGGCAUAUCUAGGGUUGCCAUAUUUCCGGGAAUUCCCAGACAUGUCCUCUUUUAGCAGUCCCACAUGCCCAUCCAGGGGGAUUUUUACAUUUUAAAGCACAUGCCCUGGAUUUGGGGUUUUAAAAAAAUGUGUUUGUGCGGAUAGUUUUGGUUCAGGCUUGGGCAGCUUAGGCUUGGCAGUGGCAGAAGCUCAACAGUUUUUUGUGUCCAGACUUUUACCUCUUGAAAUAUGGCAGCCCUAAUAUGAGCCUCAAACUAUUACUAAGAUUAUUUGAAUCCUCUGGUCAGAUUAUAGCAUAAACAGGUCUAACCCCACAAAAGCAUUUUGCCAUUACAUGUGAUUGCACAACAUCAUGCAUAUAUUCUAGCCGUCCAGCUGUUCCACUACGAACAAUCUCUUACAUCCCCUGAUCAAAUAAAUGCUGAUAGUAGAUGUUACUGAACACGUUUCAACCGCAGCUUGUAGAACCAGAUCCAUUAUGGAAUUAAGCAUUUACUUAAACAUUCCUUAUUUCUUAUCACAGAGCGCUGAUACGACAGAUGAAAAGGGCAGGCAGGGAGCAGUCUUUGUUGCUUCUAGAUGGGAAAUGUGUACUGCAAAUGGUUCCAGUUGCACAUCUAGCAAGUUAACUUCCACCCAUUCUCAUUUUUCGGUCAUUAAUAUUAAUUGCUACUCUGUGAUUUGUUGUGCACGCUAGGGAUGUGCAAAUUGGUCCAUUUCACUUUUGCAGUUUCUCACUUGUCCAAUGAGUUUUUAUUUAUUUAUCAGAUUUUCCAUGGUAAGGCUGGCAUUUUGAUGAUGCCACGUGGUGUGGAUGCUGCAAACAACAACAAACCAACGAAACAAAACCCUAUGGCUUUGAGCAGCAAAAAUUCCAGAGAAAUCUCUCAUCUGGAAGUACCCAUAAUGUGCAAUAUUUGUAUGGACAUGUGUAUACAUGUGGUAGAGGGAACGAGCCAUGGUUUCAGGAUAAACCAUUGAAUAAGUGGGGUUCAAAAUGCCUACUGUGGCCUACUCAUUUAGUUUAUGCAGAAAUACGAGCUACUACUUCUCCUUUGACAAAAUGUAGGAUGGCCUGGUUUUAAAAAGAACCCCCUUUUGUUUUAAGAGGCCUUUUGUCCAUGCCCCUAAAAGUGUUUCUUUCUGUCCAAGCACUUGGAUGGUUUCUACAGUUGGUCUGGCCCUGAACAUAAGGACAGGGAGCUUAUUUUUACGUAUUUAUUUUAUGUUGUUUAAUAUCUUCUUUUAAAGGUAAAAAACGUUCUUCAGCCAGUUUGCAAAACAGGUAUUACACACACAGAGUAUUAUUAACUUAAGACAUCAGCAUUAAAAUAACAUUCUAAAUCAAAAGCAAUCAAUCAAACUCCUGCAGUUUGCCACACUCCAGUGCCCCCUUCAAAGGCAUGCUACUAGUAUUGUGCAAAUACCGUAAUAGUGGCUGCAAGUGUCCCCCACUUGUGUAGGCACCAGUUCUCCAUAGCUCAUUUUUAGAGUAUGUGUUGCCCUGGUGACAGUCUUGCAGUGCCACCACAUAAGGUAAAAGGUAAAGGACCCCUGAACAGUUAAGUUCAGUCAAAGGCGACUAUGGGGUUGUGGCGCUCAUCUCCCUUUCAGGCUGAGGGAGCUGGCGUUUGUUCACAGACAGCUUUCCGGGUCAUGUGGCCAGCAUGACUGAACCACUUCUGGUGCAACAGAACACUGUGAUGGAAAUCAGAGUGCAUGGAAACACCAUUAACUCCCCCCCCACAGUGGUACCUAAUUAUCUACUUGCACUGGCGUGCUUUCGAACUGCUAGGUUGGCAGGAGCAGGGACCGAGCAACAGGAGCUCACCCCAUUGUGUGGAUUCGAACCGCCAACCUUCUGAUCGGCAAACCCAAGAGGCUCAGUGGUUUAGACCACAGCUGUACUAUAAAUGAGAAUGGACCCAUAGAGUCACAAAUGGGACUGAGAACUCCAUUUAGUUAGUAGAACAACCUAACCUCUCCUGUUGAUCCUGGCUUUCUGGCCCACACUCCCCAUCUUGGUAUUAGUCUCUGUUCUGGUGCCUCAAGCCAUAUUCUACCAGCACAGGCGCUACCACCAAAAUGCCACCACCACCACUGUCUCAGGCUGUGUAUACAUUACCAUGUACUCUGGCUCCAGCAUGCUCCCACUGCUGGUGUUUGAAGCCAAGUACGCAUGACAUCAGCCACAAUUCGUAGGUGUCCUGUAGGCUGUAGCUUAUUGAGAAAUACUCCUGUUUGAUUCCUCAAACCAGCUUGCAUCCCAUUAGAAAACGGGAGCUUAGGGUAAAGUUAAGGUGUGUACAUUUCAGGUAGCCAUUGUGGAUGCACAGAUGACCACUUCAGCAAAGCAGUUUGGAAACAAAUCGGGUAAUGGGUUUACUCUACAUCCUGACUUCCUCUCUGGUGUGUGCAGUGACUUCAAAUGCAGCGGGGGGGGGGGGACAACCUUCCUGUAUUUCAAGCUGCUAAUGUGUACAUAACCUUAGACACAGUGCAGCAUAUUUUCAGGAGCUCUGAGUCCUGUGAAAACAGGGCAAGAGAGCCCUAGAGGAACAGGGGCCAUCAGCCAAAGGGCGUGUGUAUCUGAAUCUAAAGGAGAUGGCAAUCACAGAUGGUUCACAUGAUUUUAAUACUCCGCAGCCAUACCUGCUUAAUAGGUUUAGCAUUUGCCCAUCAUCUUUCUUCAUUACUGACGUGUCUUAAGGUGAUAGCAGUUUAAAGCAUGCCUUGUAUGUGAGGAAUGGGGAGGGAGGGAGAGGGAAGUGUCAAGGUUUCGAUGGUUAUGCUGUCAGAGGCAGUAUGAAAAAAUUGCACUAAAAGGCUGUGAAUUUACGAGGAUUUUGUAGAGGUGUGUGUGUGUGUGUGUGUGUGUGUGUUUUGGCAAGUUGCUGUCAAAAAGGGAGAACUUAAUUUUAGAUUGGAAAAAUGAAAGUCUGGGAGAAGCUAAAUUGGUAGAUCCAUCCAUUCCUACCUACCGGGCUCCUGCCAACUCUAUGGUACUACUGAUUAUCCUCCAGAGAUCUGCCAUUGGAUCCCGAUCUACCUUCUGUCAGCCUCUGUUGUGGUUAUGCUUCUAGAGUAGGCUUUUGAAUUUGGGUAUUAUGCAUAGAUCCUGUAUGUCUCUUGCUAGCAAGAGGUACUGAGCCAGAUAAUUGCUACUGUGUGGCUUCCAAACUUCAGUACCAUAGUCAUGUCUGCAGUAGGAAGAUUAAGCAGUGGAUACGCUUUCAAGUUUUGUUUUGUUUUUUAAAAAAAUUCCAUUCUGUAUAUGUGAUAAACAGUGUGAAUUCUUAGGGAAGUUGUGCCGCUGUAAUAUCAAUCACCAGCGCUACAUAAGUUUUGAUGCCAAGUGUACUCUCUUACGAAUGGGAAGUACAUUCCAUAAAUCCACUAAGUGCCACCAGCUGGGCUUAAUCCUGUGAUUUCCAUGCACCUCAACACACCAAUCAAAAGCUGUUUGGAGGGGUAAGUAAGGCAAUUCAGAGCAUGCACCAGAUCACUACAGAAAUCCAAUAUAAGUAGUUUAUUAAGCAAAUAAGAGAGAGAAAUGAUAUGUUGCAUUAUUUAUUUAUUUAAUAAUAAUAAUAAUAAUAAUAAUAAAAAAAUUUAUUUAUAUCCCACCCUCCCCAGCCGAAGCCGGGCUCAGGGCGGCUAACAACACUAAAAUAGUGCAACAUUAUAAAAAUUAAUUAAAAUCAAAAUUGAUGGCAACCAUAAACUAAAGUUUUGUAAAGAUUGCCAAAGGAGGGAGUCAGGCUGCACCCUGACCAAAGGCCUGGUGGAACAGCUCUGUCUUGCAGGCCCUGCGGAAAGAUGUCAAGUCCUGCAGGGCCCUUGUCUCUUGUGACAGAGCAUUCCACCAGUUGGAGCCGCAGCCAAAAAAGCCCUGGCUCUAGUUGAGGCCAACCUAACCUCUCUGUGGCCUGGGACCUUCAAGAUGUUUUUAUUUGAAGACCGUAAGUUCCUCUGUGGGGCAUACCAGGAGAGGCGGUCCCGUAGGUAUGAGGGUCCUAGGCCGUAUAGGGCUUUGAAGGUUGAAACCAGCACCUUAAACCUGAUCCUGUACUCCACCGGGAGCCAGUGCAGCUGGUAUAGCACCGGAUGAAUGUGAUCUCGCAGCGAAGACCCCGUAAGGAGUCUCGCUGCGGCAUUCUGCACCCGCUGGAGUUUCUGGGUCAGUCUCAAGGGCAGCCCCACGUAGAGUGAGUUACAAUAAUCCAGUCUGGAGGUGACCGUCGCGUGGAUCACAGUGGCUAGGUCAGGGCAAGAGAGGUAAGGAGCCAACUGCUUAGCUUGGCGGAGAUGAAAAAAUGCCGCCCUUGUUAUAGCUGCAAUCUGCGCCUCCAUGGAGAGGGAGGUAUCGAAGAUUACACCCAAACUCUUAACGGAUGGUGCUGGCACUAAUUGCACCCCCACAAGAGAUGGGAGUUGCCCCCCCCAAUCCCAUAUCACCCCGUCCCAGCCAGAGGACCUCUGUCUUCGAAGGAUUUAACUUCAACCGGCUCCCACGUAACCAUCCAGCCACAGCUUCCAAGCAUCUGAUCAGUGUGUCUGGGGCCGAGUCAGGAUGGCCAUCCAUCAACAGAUAGAGUUGGGUGUCAUCAGCAUACUGAUGGCAGCCCAGCCCAAAACUCUAGACAAGCUGGGCGAGGGGGCGCAUAAAGAUGUUAAAAAGCAUCGGGGAGAGUAUCGCACCCUGGGGCACUCAACACACCAAGGAGUGGCGGGAUGACAAUUCCCCCCCAAGCGCUACCCUCUGUCCCCGACCAGAGAGAAACGAGCGCAACCGUUGAAGGACUGUGCCCUGGAUCCCCACGUCGGCAAGGCACAGUCCAGGAGUUCGUGAUCGACCAUGUUGAAGGCUGCUGACAGGUCUAGAAGAAUCAGCAGCCCCGACCCACCUCGAUCCAGCUACCUGCGGAGAUCAUCUGUUAGGGCGACCAGAGCCGUCUUGGUCCCAUGACCAGCGCGGAAGCCGGACUGGAAUGGAUCCAGAGCCAUUCCAUAAAGCAUUAAAAUGGCAGAUCCUAGACCAAAGGAGCCUUUUAAAAGGAUUGUGUGAUCUGCAUGUGACCCAUGAGGUUCUCCGAGUGAACAAAGACAAAUACCAGUGUUGCUUCCAGAUGAUCUUUUUCCAAACGUCGUGCAGACAAAUCAUUCUUCCUGACUGAUUUGCGCAAACCUUUUUCAGGGAGGUUAUGUGGCUAUAUGUUCAAUAGGUCUUACUCCUGUGUAAGUGUGUUUUGGAUUGUGGCCUAAGGCUAACCAAACGGCUGCUUUCAUCAUGACUAGGAAUUUGUUUCGGCAAUCUUCCCUGCAUCUCCAGUUCAGAUGUUACACCGCUUGCAGAACUUGCACAAGCCGUUAUUUAGUGGGAGGCAGGGUGUUACCUGAGCCAACUGUGAAAACAUCUGCAGUGCCUCAUAGUGAGAGAGAGUGAAGAGGGACUUGAAUGAUUUCUCCUUUUGUUUGACUGGGAACUUGAUGCAUCCAGUUGUAUAGAUGAGUAACUGGCUGGGGCUUAAAGAUCUAGGAUCGAUCAUUAUUUCUGUCUCACAGACUUGAGCCACGCUCUGUGUUUUUCGCAAUAGACUGAGCAGGGCACCAUAUGACCUUGGAAGGGUGGCUAAGACCACCAAUUGUGUACAUUUGUGUACAUGUGUGUCUAGUGGGUGUAUGGCUCAAGGUCACUGGGUGACCUUGGGCCAGUCACAGCCUCUCAGCCUAACCCACUUCACAGGGUUGUUGCAAGGACAAAAUGAAGAGGGUAGAACUAUGUACAGUGGUACCUCAGGUUACAUACGCUUCAGGUUACAUACACUUCAGGUUACAGACUCCACUAACCCAGAAAUAGUGCUUCAGGUUAAGAACUUUGCUUCAGGAUGAGAACAGAAAUCGUGCUCCGGCGGCGCAGCGGCAGUGGGAGGCCCCAUUAGCUAAAGUGGUGCUUCAGGUUAAGAGCAGUUUCAGGUUAAGUACGGACCUCCGCAACAAACUAAGUACUUAACCCGAGGUACCACUGUAUACCACUUUGAGCUCCUUGGAGGAACGGUGGGAUAUAAAUGUCAUCGUCAACAUCAUCAUCGUAAUUUUAUUAUUUGUACCCCACCCAUCUGACUGGGUUCUCUCAGCCACUCUGGGCAGCUUCCAACAGUAAAAGCAUCAAACGUUAAAAACUUCCCUAUACAGGGCUGCCUUCAGAUAUCUUCUAAAUGUCAUAUACCGUAUAUACUUGAGUAUAAGCCGACCCGAGUAUAAGCCGAGGCAUCUCAUUUUACCACAAAAAACUGGGAAAACUUAUUGACUCGAGUAUAAGCCGGUUCACCACACCACAAACCUGGUGGUGGCGGCAGUGGCAGAGGAAGAACAAGCAGCCCCAAAGGGCUGCUUUCAGGCUGCUUGUUCCUCCGCUGCCGCCACUGACAGAGGCAAAAGCGGAAGAGGAGGAAGGAGCAGCCUGAAAGGACCCUUACUCAAGUAUAAGGCAAGGGGGGCUUUUCAGCAUAAAAAAUGUGCUGAAAAAGUUGGCUUAUUCUUGAGUAUAUACGUUAGCUGUUUAUCUCCUUGGCAUCUGAUGGGAGGGCAUUCCACAGGGUGGAUGCCACUACCGAGAAGGCCCUCUGCCUGGUUCCCUGUAACUUCAUGUCUUUCAGUGAGGAAAACCACCAGAACGGCCCUCGGAGCUGGACCUCAGUGUCCAGGCUGAACAAUGGGGGUGGAAAUGCUCCUUCAGGGGGCUGAGACAGGUCAGCUUCAUAGCCCAGGGCAGAAGCACAUUUAGGGCAGUGUGACCAGUUCCCCCGCACUAGGCACCAAGCUGCGGAGGGCACCUCAGGGCACCACAACUUUGAUGUUGUGCACAUGCAGAACAGAAGCUGAGUGCCAGGGAGUGCCAAAUUUAGGCCUUGCGCAGGAUGCUGCUGCAGUUUGAAAGACCAAAGUCCGUCCCUGCCCAGGGUGGGGUUUUCCCUUCUCCCAUUGCACCAUUUCCAUAGAACUGGGGAGUGAGUCACACUGCCGCACCGCACAACAUGGAAUUCUGGGAUACUCCAUCAACUUUGAUGCUAUCUGUCUCUUCGAAGCCAUGCAGCAGCAGGAGUAAUUAGAAUCUACAACUGUGAGCUCACUACCUUCCUCAUCUCCUCCUUUUCUUUUUCUUUUCCCUGACUGCAUCCUUGCCCUCUUUGAAAUUCUUCCUCUAGAGACCCAAACUGGGGAAGGGGGAAUUCUAAUUGAUAUUUGCAGAUUGACAGUCUCUCAUUUUUUGACUCUACCACAUUUCCCAUUCUGUAUGCAGAUACAGUGGUACCUCAGGUUACAUACGCUUCAGGUUACAUACUCCGCUAACCCAGAAAUAGUGCUUCAGGUUAAGAACUUUGCUUCAGGUUGAGAACAGAAUUCGUGCUCCGGCAGCAGCAGCAGGAGGCCCCAUUAGCUAAAGUGGUGCUUCAGGUUAAGAACAGUUAAGAACAUUCCGGAAUGAAUUCAGUACUUAACCCGAGGGACCACUGUACAUUUAGCUGCACAGGAUGCUAAAGUACUGAACUUGGCAGGUUUAUGUGUAGUAGGAUUCCCUCAAGAUGUUGCACAUUUCAGUGGGAAUUUUGCAGACGGGGACAUCUUGGGGGAAGGUGCCCAGUGAACCAGGCCCCCUAUCUAUACAUUCUGCCCCCCCAUUAAUGGCUCUUAAAAUCUUCUGCCUAAGUUAGCUGUGAUGUGCUGGUAAGCGAUGCAAAUGUGGUUAGCCUCUUAGACCUCUAGCUAGCAUGUGUUGUUGGUGCUCUGUGUUAAGUGCAAUUGCAGAUUUGGCACAGGGAAUUCCUCAAACACGACCCACUUAGCUGCAUCUGGUAGUCACCUUUAGUAUGGUGGCGUUCAUGUUACUUGACUGGCUACUCCUAAACGUCAUAAAGCGUUAUUUAUUUGAGUUGUAUUUCCUUGUCCUUCCGCCCAAGGCAUCAGACACAGCAAUGAUGAAACAUUAAAAACACAGCAACUAAAAGCAUUUUUAAAGGUUCUGUUUUAAAAGUUUUUUCCCCCUGUAAAACAAUUAAAAACAUUUUCAGCCAAUGAUUUCAGGGUUGCCAGGAGCAGUGUCUUUCAGCCAUCAAAUGGCUGGGGAAACAGGAAUAUUUUUUAAUUUCUCCUGAAAAUGAGCACUGAGGGAGAUAGAUACGCCUCAGUAGGGACAGCAGACUACAAAUGGGGAGAAGCCACUGAAAAUAUAACCAGCAACCAGGCAGCCCCCAGUGGCUGACUAUUAACAAGACUUCACUUGCCUAUCAUAGGAUCCAAGAUGGUUGUUACUGGGGAAGGUGCUAUUUUAGGUGCCAUUUAGAGUUAAGAUGCUAGUACUGUUGUCUUUGUCCAUGGAGUUUUCUUGGCAGGGAUACUGGAGUGGCUUGCCGGUUCCUACUCCAGGUAGAUCACGUUUGGUCAAAACUCUCCACUAUGACCUGUCCGUCUUGGGUGGCCCUGCAUGGCAUAGCUUAUAGCGUGCUCUGGUCCACGGGGUCACGAAGUGUCGGACACGACUAAACAACAACAUGCUAGUACUAACACCUUGAGUUGGGCCUGAUAGCUCAGUGGCUGCCAGUGGAGUGUUUUCAAGACCAGUGACGCAUGGUCCAAUCUGACAGACCGCACUGGCAGCUACAAGGGCAGCUCCACAUACAGUUCAUUGCAGUAGUCCAGAUGGGAGGUCACCAAAGCAUGGGCAUCUGAAGCCAGGCUAUCCCAAUAGGGGUGUGGCCAUUGCUAGUGAACCAGCCUAAGCUGGGCAUAAGCACUUACUGUAUAGCACACAUAAGCCACCAGAGUAUACUCCCAGAACAUGAACCUGUCCUUCAAAAGGAACGUAAGCUCUCCCAGGGCAGGUAAUACACCUAAUUACCAGAAAUGGAAACGACUGUGGCCUUCUCCUUGUUCACCACAAGUAAUGGCCUGAACAGAUGUACAGUGGUACCUCAGGUUAAGAACUUUGCUUCAGGAUGAGAACAGAAAUUGUGCAGCAGUGGCAGCAGGAGGCCCCAUUAGCUAAAGUGGUGCUUCAGGUUAAGAACAGUUUCAGGUUAAGAACAGACGUCCAGAACGAAUUAAGUUCUUAACCUGAGGUACCACUGUAUCUGCAAAGCAAAAUGGUCCUCGUGUGAGAGAGCCCAGGGAAUCUCCUAGCUUUCCCCACUUCGAACUGUAGUUUCCCCGUCACUCCUCUUUUUAAUUUAGGUUUGUUACCAUUCACAUGGCAGUACAAUUCACUCUGGCUCAAGUACACUCUCGCCGCUGGUAUUUGAAAUCAUGUGCGGAGGAUAACCUUGGCCACGAACCAUAUCUAUCCUGCAGUUUCUUGAGAAAUGCUGCUCUUUGAUCCAGUUCUCCUCAAAGCAGCUUCUCUCCGGUUUGAAAACGUAAGCCGUGCUCACUUUGCGGUUAAGCCGAGGUGUGUGCAUCUGAGGCAGCCGUUGCGCAUGCGCCAAAUGGCAGCCCAUCGGCAGAUAACAGCUUCAUGAACAGGAGUCUGAGUGGGGCUGCAGGCACAGGGAACCCAAACAGGCAAUUAGUACCUGGUGAAGACAUUUCCACCUCCUCUCUGGUGUGUACAUAGGGAUGCAAAUAUGACUUGAAACACAGCAUGCAGGUGAUGGAAUGACCUUGUGAUUUAUGCUGCUAAUGCGUCCAUAGCCUCGAAGUGACUUUUAAGAAAUGAUUUAAGAAUGCACUUAGACUAGAAGCAUUCUUUCUUUAGAAAAAGCAGCCCUGAGCUCCUAGUCUGUAUCAAGAAGGGCUUUAACCCUUUGCAUUUUGUUUUUCCACUGAAAAUCUCCCCAGAAUUUGCUCUUUGCCCCUAUUCCCCCCCACACUUGAGCCCAUUCAGAGGAGCAGUUGCAGUGGGAAAUGGCAGAGGGGGAUUAUUAAAGCUCCCCCUCCAGCCUGCUAUGGUCCCAAUCCAUGCUAGAAUCCAGCUGCUUUUUGCAGAUCAAGGUAUAUGGUCAGUCUAAAUGUGCUUAAUAGUCUUGUCUAGUUUGACACUACUGAGAUAGUGAUUUGAGCAAGCCUACAUAGUGAAGGUGUCACAGUCCAGUCUACAGGCGAUCGAAGUCCCAGCUGAGGACAUUGGGACCGGGGGCAAGAUGGUGGGGUGGGAGUAGGAACGAGAGUCCAGAAGCCAGGGAUCCGAGGGUCAGGAAGCAGGGAGUCAUGAAGUCAAGGGUCUGAGGGUCGAGAAGCAAGGAGUCAAGAAGCCGAGGUCCGAGGAUCAGGAAGCAUGAAGCCAAACGCAGUGAGGCAGGAAAUGUGUUGCUGUGGCAAAGAGCCAAAGGAAAAUGCUGACCUUAUAUCCCUUCCGGCUCUAGCCACCAGGUGCAGUGACUUACGAAGCAGCCUCACCUGUGCGGCCGCGCCUUGCCUCUCCAGAACAAAGGAAGGCCCCAGUCCUGCGAAACCCUACUGGUCACAGGACCCGGCUCCUGCACACACUCCUGACAUAAGAUGCUCUUUGUUUACAUUUUACAUUACAUUAAAAAAAUAUUUUGGAACACUAAUGUGAAUAUGGCAAACAUUGCUUGGGAAAACAUUCUUAGUCGGGAUCUGGAACUGACUGGGCUUCCCUGCUGAAAUUACACUUGGUGGCAAAUAUGGAUUUGUUGCUAUAUAAUAAACAAAUGAGGCCUGCAACUAAAUGUUGCAGCGUGGAGCAUUUCAUCCAGGGUUGUAGCCAGCCAUGACCACUUCCAGGAUGUUCUAUUUAAUAUCCCCUGCCCUGGUUUUUUUUGGGUAUUCCUUCCAACUGUUGGAUAGCAUUCUGUGGCUGCUGAGUCAUUGGACUGUUUUGGAAGCUAUUUUCCCUGAAUAUUUGUUUGUUUUUCACAAACCUUGGGGUUUCCCUACACCAGCUGAUACUUUUCUCUUGUGCAUAGAAAGAAAUUGGACGUUGAGCUAUUUUUGAGUGAGGAAAAUAGGCAAAAAUGACACUGCCGACAAGGGCUGCCAUGCGGCUGGAUUUCCCCAGAUAAUUCGCUGAUUUCUGCCCAGACACAGCUUGUUGAAGUUGUAGUUAAGAAAUAUUAGGUUCCUCACUCCUGGAAUACAAAGUGGUCUAGCUAUAAGGGAAGGUGAACUUGGACCUCCUCUACUUAUGAUUGCACUGUUAGGAUUGUUAUUUUCUGGCAGGGCUGCUUUAUGCCACACAGAAAUUCAGCAACUGAAGCUUUUCCCAGCAUGACAAUGCAGUGAUGGCAAAACCUUCACUUGUGAAAACCUGAGGAACAGGCAAUAAAUAUGAAAUAAAGUUCUGUUUUAUGGAGAGCUGCCGUUCUCGAAAUGGGAACGGGUGGAGGGCCUCUGGAAGAAAUGGGUUUAAACAAAUGUUCCAUGUUUCUUUAUAGAACUAAGCAUCUCUAUUCUACGGAGAAAAAAAUGUUCAGAAACGAUAUGAAUUUCCUGGCAUCCAUAAACACCCAUAAAUAAAAAGAUAGUUUGGCUUUUCUGUAGCUGUUUCACCCUUAGUGUGUUGGAUAUCACAAUGGUUUGUGGACUCUUCAAGCACCUCUUAGUUUUUCUUAGCUUUGCUUGGCAGGCCUCAGAUCUUUAUUUUCUUCUCCAUAAGAGUGGGAGGAAACAGACGGUGCGUUUUUAUGCUUUGUAAAGUACUCAGCAAACCCUCUUCCCUUCGAUGGGACAAGGCAAGAGUUGUGCCAUCACAGCUAAGUCGGCUGAAGAUCAGAUGGUAUAAUUACUGUUAUCUGCCUUGCAGAAGCCGACGAUUAAAGGGUCUUCUCUAAGAAAGGCUUUUGAAGAAAAAGAGAAUAAGCUAUAUUUAAAUCUCUUCCCCACCCCAUACCCUCACCACAACAACCUCUACCACAGUGUUGUUUUUUAAAAAAGAACCUAACGUGUCUACGCUACGCUCCAGACGUCCUUUUUAUUGUGCAUUCAUGAUGAUUUGCACUCAUGAUGGUAGCAGUUAUAUACUAUCCAGUUUUCAAUAGUGUUUGCGCAUGCACAUGUUUCAGGGCAGAUACGACGCUUUGUUUCCGAUUGAUGCCAUGCCCCAUAGCUUUCUGCUGAAAUCCUAUAACUUUUCAAACCACAAAUGUUCCCAGGUUGCAUUGAGGGGUAGGUUGUUCCACUUUUGUUGCAAGCGUGCCCCCUCCAGGCAGCAAGAACGUGGGGAAGCGUCACAUAACAACUAAUAAAGCAGGAUGGUGUGUGGAAGGUGUAGUAUUAAUCCACCACAAAUGCACUAUUAUUGUGUCAAUGACAUGUUGCAAAACAAACAUAAACCAGUCAGGAAGGGCCAGGCUUCUGGGAUCUCUGAGGUUUCUCAGAAAAGGGUCAGGGGGUUCUCAGUGAAAGGAUCAUGUGAUCCAUUUGGGAUCCCACUUGCAGGGAACAAUGUUCUAAAGCAUUUUAGAGAAGUCAUCUUUCACAAUAAAUUCUGCCAUAGCUUUGUUGUCAAAAAAUUGUUCCCCUGGGAUUUUGGGGGGAUUUCCCAAUAAAUACUGGUUUGCAUCCCGCCUCCUUGGUUUUACCCAGCACCAGCUAACCAGUAUGAAAUGGGGGGAGUUGGGGCUUAUCUACACUUAACUUUCCUACACUCUUUCUUGGCACGGUCUGUGAUUUAAAGCUCUGUGUCCGAGCACCUGCACAAUUUUCUUUUGCUCCAGAGCUUUCCCUGUGAAAAUUCACUCUUGAAUGCUCAUUUGGAGCAAAUGUCAAUCCACGAAAAACCUGAAUUGAUGUUUGCUCCGAUUCAGCUUUAAAGAGCAUGUUUCUGCUGGGGAAACUUGGGGGUGGGGACACGCUUGGACACAGAGCAUCAAAGCACAGACCUCUGCCUGGAAGGAGCAGGGCGAAGCUUAAGUGUGGAUAAAGUCCUCAGAAGGAGUAGGUGUUGGGGAGAAUUUCGUUUCAGUUUGCAUGUAAAUGUGAACCUUCCUAACUCAGACUUUUUUUGGAAACAAUGUGCAAACACAGCGUACACUUGGGUAAAGUGAAGAUACCUAUAUUAGUGAAGAUAGCCUACAAAAAUGCACUGUAUUGGGGAAGCCAGUUUGCAAAAAAAGUCUAUGUGCCAGCAAUAAAUCACAUGGAGUAAAAGAAGUUAACUUUUUGUUAGAUGAAACAGGAUCUGCUCAGGAAUGCCAGGCCUAGUGUGCAGCUCUUCAUCGCUAGGUCUUGCCCCUAUGAGGCAGUUACAGAGACUGACGGCCCCUGCCUUCCCAUAGCUGCCAAAGUCUCCUUCUCCCCUGGGUCCUUCCUAAGCAAUCUGAGACUAUGCUGCUGCAUCCGUUUUCUUGUUCCUCUUGCUUCAUACUUCUUCUGGUCCUGGGAGACGUGGGGGGAGGGGAGCAUGCCACAGCCAGCAGCUUCCCCCGCCUGACUCAUCUCUGCCUCUUGGCCUCCCUCAUCCCACUUUCCUGCUUCAGCUUCUGCCUCCAGUUCUGGACUUCUCUCUGCCACAGACUCUCCCUGCUCACUAAACCCUGUUACCUCUUCAACUUCUGACACCUCCUCCUCCCAGUCUUCUCCCUCUUACCGCUCGUUGUCGUCCCCAAGAUUUGAGCCUUCUUCCUUCCCUUGGUGGUUCUCCCGCUUGUGCUUCCCACCAUUCUUCUGCAUCCAGCUAGUCCACGACAGUACGUUAGGCAGAACUGCAUAGAAAAAUGAGUAUAUUGGGAUAAAUCCACACUAAAAUGCUGGCAAAUUCUCAUAAGAACUUGGAAAACCAGCAAACUGGUGUGGAAAUGCGGAGAACUGAAGAUGGGGAAAAUGAGAAACCAAGAAACCAAAAUUGCCUGUCCCUUAGAGGGAGGGUUACGCUUUCUGUGCUGUUGUUUGCUGUUGUCUCACAACCAUUUCUUUCUCUUCCUCCUUCUUUCCUGUCCAGGUGUGUCUGAGAACUUACCCACCGAGGAGUUCUGCAAUGCUCACAGCCGUCUGUGGUUCUCUUGGCAACCAGUGUUCUGAGACACCCCGUUCCUCUCCAACCCACGUAGAGCUGCAGCCUCUGCAGACCUUCCAGCCCCACACCAGCCCGGAUAGCGGGGGAGAUUUCCCGUCCCCUCUGCAACCCACGGAGCUCCAGCACCUGCCUUUGGCUGGGCCCGACACGGAGUAUUCGGGCAAUGCUGGUUACGAGCUGCAUGGGGCUUCAAGGUUAGACCUGGACGGCGAAAGCCAGCUGGCCCCUGGCCCGUACUCUAAGCUCCUACAGGCAGCACCAGAUAUGGCUCACCACUAUGAACCUUGGUUCAGGCCUACCCAUCCUAGUAGUGGCGCUGACGAUGGUGGCAUCAAUCCAUGGUGGGAUCUCCAUGCCGGAUCCAGCUGGAUGGAGCUUCAGAGUGGUCUCCAGCCGCCGGGCCACACAGGCGGACUUCAGCCAGGGCUGGGUGGCUAUGGCACUGCAGAACAUCAGCUCUGUGGCCCGCCUCACCACCUGUUGCCUUCAGGGCCACACCUCAUGGGCCAGGAAGUGAUCAAGUCCGUGGAUUCUACUCAGGAGCCCCACCCAAUGGAGCAGGCUGGGGAUGGUAGCGGUAGGCCAAAGAGCUCAAGGCGCUCCGUGACCCGCAGUUCUGGCCAAACCGCCUGCCGGUGCCCUAAUUGCCAGGAGGCCGAAAGGGUGGGCCAGUGCCCUGACAACUCCAAGAAGAAGCACCUCCACAACUGCCACAUCCCUGGCUGUGGCAAGGCCUAUGCCAAGACAUCCCACCUGAAGGCCCACCUGAGGUGGCACAGCGGCGACCGCCCCUUUGUCUGCAAUUGGCUGUUUUGUGGGAAGCGCUUCACCCGCUCUGAUGAGCUGCAGAGGCACCUUCAGACCCACACAGGAACCAAAAAGUUCACCUGCCCUGUUUGCAACCGGGUCUUCAUGAGAAGUGACCACUUGAGCAAGCACAUGAAGACACAUGAAGGUGCUAAGGAGGAAGGAGAAGGAGAGGCCAAAGCUGGGACAGAGCCUCCCGCAAAAGUCAAACGGGAACCUGACGGAAGCUCUUCGAGUGCGGCUUCCCAACCCAACUGAGCCUUUCUUCCUCGCCAUCUCUCCAUCAUGGUGCCUCCUGGCCUACUGACUUGUCCUCCUUGCUCAAGGCUCUGGGAUCACACGACACCCUCUAAGCCUGAACCUUAUCCUGUCCUUGGAAGGAGAAGUUAUUUAUUCCCUAGGAGGAAAGGACGAUGUUGGGACACACUGGGAAGGGCCACACCCUUGAGCAGCUUUCGGCUGGGUGUGUUGAGUGUGUGUUUGGGGAGUAUGGGAGGGAUAUUUUUGAAGGAUGGUCUUUGAGGUGGGUUGGGCUAAGUGGAAUCUUCUGGGCAGAUACAAAUGGAGGGAUAUGGGCCUUACUUGUCUCCAUCUUGAAUGAUGGAUUUCUUGUCGCUAAUAUACACAGAGAACACACAAGUGUGUUAACAGUUAUGGUGGAACGACAUUCUUCAGUUUAAGCUUGUAGAGAUUUAGGGGGUUGGAUCUGCUAUUCAACUCCCGCCCAUCCCAGGUCUCUGAUUUAGUAGGUAAUGAGGCUACCCUAGUUUUGUAGGCAAAAUAGCUACCACACCUCCAUUGGAUUUUUAUUUUUUUUGGAAGGAUAAUGGGCAGAAUUGUUGGCUUGUGUCUUAGAUUGCUACCUUGCUCUGUCCCCGGAGCCUCUAAGGCCCUCAACCUUAUCCUUAACUAUGGAUGUUUUCACAAGUGGCUCUGAAAGUACAUUUUAGUUCCCCUUCUGGUACUUUAUAGCCCUUGUAACCUAAUAAAUCAUGCACUACAGAUUUAUUUUAAAAUUUUCUUAAGGACCAGGCUGAAAUGUGAGUUUAUACACAUAUUCAGCACUUUCUUUAAGUCACCUGUGAAAGGAUACAAUCUCCAAAACUGUGUUUAUACCCUUAACUAGCUUCCAGGCUCUCUCCCAAUAGACAUUCCUGAUCUUAAAACGAUAGGAGCAGGAGACUGCUCCUGUAAUGUGAAUCUUCGUAACGUGUUUGUAACAUCACAGGAGUAUGACAGAUAUUUAAAAAUCAUCUAUGAUUUUCAACUCUUAAGGAGUUGCAAAAUCCAAAUUGAACGCAGACAUAACAGCUGCUUCUAUACUAGCUGUUUAGUGUGGAAUAAUGCCCUGUUCAUUCACAUUUGGGGUGUGUGUGUGUGUAUGUGUGUCCAAUACAGCAUUGUUAUCCAUUUAUAAUCUUCCCUGUGUUUCUUCUGUCUUUUCUUACCGUAGAAAAUCUAUCAUUUUCUUAGAAGGACAGAAGACUGUAGAUGCCCUUAGCAUUACCCUUCCAUCUUUUUUAGAAGUGUUGUGUCGACAUGGACAGUGAUGUAUCCAGCAGGUGAACGAGUCCGGGUUUUAUAACCCUUUUUAAUUGAGCUGUUAAUUAGUGAAUAUAUAUAUAUAUAUUAUUUAACUUUUAAAAAAUGAGCCAAAUGCUGCUUAAAUUAAAGUGCCAUAGCACUAUAAGACUCUCAUGCUAAUAAAAAAUACUAAGAAGAAAGCUGUUUCAAGUCACUGCCAUUUUAGAAGUGCACAUCCUCCCUCCUAAUUAAAUACUUCCAAGCUACAUUUCUGAUCCAGUUUUUUAAAAAUAUUAAAAUAUUAGUGAAAUACUGCUUAAAAUAGUGUGUUGCAGUGCUGUAACACUAUAUUGCUAAUUUUUAAAAAGAGGGGGAAACCUUUCUGGUCAUUGCCAUUUUAGGAAAGUGGCUUACCUGAUGAACAUACAGAAAAAGUUCAAUGUCCUCAGGACCACGGAAAAUCUAUUGCAAUUCUGCUUGUAGCUUACAGUGGAAGAGCAAUGAGUUAUUAGUGCUAGGCACCUCCAGAAGCAGUCACACAGUUAAUUCUAUGGAGCUACAUUGCUGUCCUGUUCAACAAUAAGGAAGUUUCUAGCCCUCAUUGUUGUAAAGCAGAGCUUAAAAGCAUCUCAGUGGCGCAUACCAAGAGCACUGUGGGAGUACUGAAAAGCUAAACUAUACCCACAUUGUUGUUUGUGCAGAGGAAUCGUCCUUAGGUGGGAAGGAGGUGUAGGAAGAACACACAUAAUGGCCUUGUUUACAUGUAAUACUAAGCUAAAGAAUGGCUAAGCACAGAUGAGCAGUUGUGCUGGUGCAGAGUUAGAAAAUCACAAUGUUGUGCUCCUCCCCUGCUUCUGCUGUGCUACUGGGAGUUAAGCCAUGGUUUGGCUAGUUGUUACAUGCGAACACAAGUACAUGGUUUGUCUCCCUAAACAAACCACACACAGUAAACAUUGGUUACAGCUUGUGAGUUGUUUGGAGAGGAGGGAAGAAAAGCUCAUUCAUGCUAAGCCAUAGUUUGUCUUACUGUGGUGUGAAAACCAGGCCAAUGAGCAUAUUACUACACUAUCGUGUACUUGCUGUCUGAACAUGGAUUGCAUUGGGUGCAUUAGUGGCAUGGCUCUUUCCCUUCACUCAGCUCAAAAUUCUCAAGUGGUUUGAAAACAGAAAUUUUGGGUAAGAAAUUAUGCCUCAAUCACUGAUGCACAGAACUUACCUGUGAUAAAAAAAACUCAUGUCUUAAAAUUAUCCCUGUAGUGAAGCAUAUGUAUCUGACUAUAGGUGAGCUCUCUCUGUAGAUGUUUCAGACACAACAUUUUUAGCUGUGUUUCAGGAGUGCAUCAUAUUAUUGCAUUUGUAAUCCCUGUUAAAAAAAAUACCACACACACCAGACCUAAAAUGUUGCACAGUGAAGCAAUUGUAUGCAUUUCCGCUUUGUUUGUUAAAAUAGCAGUAUGUAGGGUUCCUACUCACAAGGAACAAUUUGAAGGAAAGGGUUCAAAUUCAAAAUACACAAUUAAUUGUAUUUCUAUUUGUACCAAAUGGGAGGUGUUCCAAGAUUCUUUUAUCUGCAGCACAAAAUGUAUUGCGUUCUUUGUCUACAUCCUUAGCCCACUGUGGCACCUGCUACGCUAAUCUCUCAGUCACUACACAAAUUUCAGUGAAAUGCAGUUUUGCAAAAACAUUAAAUUUGAUGGAUGGGAUUUUUAAAACCC